UCUUCUCUAAUGUUCAUACCAUCACAGAUUAAAUAAAACUUUAUUCAAAUCUGUGAUGCAAUGAGCAACUCAACUUUGGCAUGUUGUUACUAAAAAAAUUAAACUUGUAUCAUUAUUGAAGUAAAUUGUUCUAGCCCUUCCAUGCACCCUAUUUCCUAGACACGUAUGGUACAUAGGUACAUAGGUACUAUCCUUAUGUAUUUUGAUCAAGUAUAUGCUCGUUUAUAUGAAAAUGUAUGCAAUAAGAUUUAAGGAUUAUAACACCAGCGGAAAAACGGUUUUAUUGGAAGUUUUUCAAAAGUUUUAAAUGUGCGGGUGCUGGUGUAACACUACGCCAGUUCCCGUUUGGGAGAAACGGUUUUUAUGUUACUUGAUUUAGGUUACGAAUUCCAAAUUUGUGAUUACGAAUGAUUGCGAAUCAAUUACUAAAGUAUAGAACCAAUUUAAAAGAAAAUAGUUUAAGUUGUGGUGCCAAUGCAACAUACUUGUUAAUUAUCACUUUGGAUCAUAUGAUAAAAACGAAAUCGCACUACAUUCUAAAAUCAAUGCCGUGAUAAUGACUUUUAAUAUAGAAAUGUAAAUACGUUAAUAUUAUAAUUAUCUAUAGCUAAUGUAGGUACUUUUUUUUUUUAACAAGUCAAACCGUAUACAACAACACGAAUAUUAUAAUAUACACAGCUGUUAUCAACACAAUAUACCUAUACACCUACCUACAUAUCAUGUUCAUGAGUUUGUUUGCCUAUAUUGUAAUAUUAUAGUUGAACUUGAAACGUGUUUACGCAUGCAUAAUAAUUUACAAUUAUUAUACACAUCGUAAGUCAAACGGUAUAAUGUAUAUUAUUAUUAAUUAUAAAAUAAGGAAUAAAUUCACGCGUAUUAUGACUGCGUUGGCGAAUUUAUAACUUUCGUUUUAAUUAUGUGGGUAUAUUAAAAUUACAAUUCGCAUAUUAUUCCCAGGUAAUAUCCUGGGAAUUAUAAUGUAUUCUCGAUGUGGUAAUAUAAUUAUACGAUGAAAAAAAACCAGGGUGAUGAAUCCUAUUUAUUAAAAUGAUGUAUAUAUCAAGUGUUAAUAUUUUUUCUGAAUAGUAAUUUAAUUCAUUCUAUAAUUUAUCGUAAACUCGUUUCAUAUGGCUAAACAAAUUAUUUAUCAUACAAAAAACAAUUUUUUAGGUUGUUCUAAUAAGUUAUAGAAAUAAACAAUGGAGUUAGUACCUCGGAUUGUUAGCCUAAUUUCCUCGAAUUUUAUUAUUUUCGAGGUGUCAAUCUGUGAUUCACGAACACGGAGCAGGCUCGUUCCGCUGUUUUCAAAUCAGACCGAUAAUGAAAACUUUGUUAAAAUUUAUCCCGGCUUACACUUUUUCCAAUAUUUUAUAAUAUUAUACUUAGAUGUUUAAUGUUUUAUUGGAAUCAAAUUUCAAAACUUAUCGUAGUUUUUUGAAUGAAAAUCACAAUGGUUUAUAUCGCAGAAAAUAUAUUAUAUUAUAUUUCUAUUUUCAAGUACGCAUAUCACUUACCGUAGUUAUAUUAUUUCUGAACUCGGGCAAGAUAACAAUAUAAAUAACUCAGUAAAUAUACUGUCGCAGUUAUAUUAGAACGGGAUGUGUUUGUUCGAAAAUUGUCCCUUUUUAUUCGAUCGUUAUUUUCAAAUAUAAAAGUGGAGUAAGGUAUAGAAAGGUUCGUAUGAGAAAUGUUUUGUGUACUCUAGACAGACAAAUAUGUUUACUGACUUACUGGUAAAAGAAAAAAAAACACACGAUUAUGUCAGAACAGAACCUUAUACACAUUUCGAUGUAGAUAUACGCUUGUCUCGACUAUUUUAUGGUACAGAUCAUAAUGAUUUAUUAUAUAGUGAUAAAUGUCAAAACAGUAGAUAAUUAUCUGGCCAGUAUCACCUGCUGCAGUAUCUAAUAAGAGGUUUAUAUUUAAGCGGAGGAAAACUAAAAUUGACAACUUGGUCAACUCAAAAAUAAAAAAUUGUUUUCUCCCGACAAUUGAGAACGAAACUUUUUUGCUCUGUGACUUAAGAUUCACAAUAUCAUGAGAAGUUUAGAAAAAUUUAAUUACUAUAGUAGUGUCAGUCUGUCUGUAAGGAAAAAAUUCGUAAAGACCUAUGUAGAGUGUGUGACGCUGUUUGAUUGUGAAACCUGCACAAUUGGUUGAAAAAAGUAACUGGAGGCCUUGGAUAGUUUUGUAAUACUUAGGAAAAAUUCUGAAAAUCCUAUCACGAACUGAAAUAUUAACUAACAAAAACAGAAUAAAGGGAAUAUUUAUGUAAAACUAUUGAAAUGUCUUAAAUUGAAAAAAAAAAUAGACGAUAAGACGUGUUGCAUGAGGACGUAAAAGAUGCUUAUACUAAAACCAGUAAUAUUGAAAGAGAUACGUGAUAAGAGAAAGACUGAGGCUCAAGGGCAGAAUAAAUAUAUGACCCAAUAAUCACGAUGAAGGACAUAAAUAUAACAAGGAUUUAAAGGAACUUCAAGUUACAAGUCCUACGACAAAGAGAUAAUAUACCUGUUACGACGGAGAACCGCAUCAAACUAAAUGUAUUAGGUAAUCCUUCUUGAUAUUUCAAGAAAAAGAAGAAUAAAAUAAUCGCAAAAAGAAAACUCAAUUAAUGUUAACCAGAAUUAAGAACUAAAAAUUAAUUUUUCUGAAAUAUUUAUAAUAUCUAACAUCACUCUGUUGUAUUUUUGCUUUUGAUUACUUCUAUGUGGCUGCCAGGCAGUAUUAUUAUUAUUGUCCGAUCGACCUUUUGAAGAUCGACGAACCAAUUAUAAAUUAUAAUAAAUUACAUACCUACAUUAUACGAAACGAAUUAUUGUAAAAAGUAUAUUAUAUUGCGACAAGUUAAUUUGUAUAGUAAUUUAUGUAUAUUAUUUCGUUAAACGUUCGAAAAUGUCGUUUAUAAAUAGGUGGUAUUAUAUAUUAUUGUAUUAUUAUUAUUAUUUUUAUUUAAAAACAACUGUAUUUCGUGGAAAAAAUUCUAAAGAUUCACGCCGGGGCGAAGGCCAUGGAUUACAAUUUUUUGUUUUUAUUGGCAGCUAGCCGAACAUUUAAACCUACUAACUCGAAUUUAUUCUCAUUGACAACGAUAUUAUAUUGAAAGACAUUGUAAUUUGUAGAAAAAAAAAAUAUAAUAUGUUCGAGUAUGGGCGAAUUUUACAAUAAUAUUAUAAUAUUUUACCACCUCGACAAACGGUUGUUUUUUUUUUCUGCCUUCUGAAAUGAUAUUAUUAAAUUCGUAUUCCCCGUCUAUAUAGGAUUUACUAAUGUUACUUGUGCGCAAUUAAAUAACUAUUUAUAUUUUAUACAUCAUGCAGUUUUAUUAAUAUAUACAUAUAGCAUUAUAUUUAUUAUGUGUAUAGCUAUUGAUUUUAUAAAAUCAACGAUGAUGUAGCGAAUAAAUUUACGUAAUAACAAUUAAAAAAGUUUAUAUAUAAGCACGAUUAAAUUUAAAUCGUACAGUAAACGUUAUUAAUACUAUUAUAUUUACGUAUAAUAUUGGUAAUCUCAGUAAAAUUUUAAUUGCCGAGCAAAUAUAGCGCAGUUGCCUGCUAUAUAUUUAUAUUAUUAUUAUGUUCUAUAGGAAAAAAAAAAAUCGGAAAUCCGUUUUGUAUUCUCUCUUCAUAUUGUUCGUCGAGGAGUGGUCGCGGGCAUCGAACAAUAUUAUGAUGCUUUUUUGUAUUUAUUAGUACCUAAUAGUUGAUAAUAUCUCCGGAAAAACCGGAAAAAUGUAUUGACCAAUUAUUGCGACUUUUUCGGGAUAGAUGAAAAUCGUUUUCAAUGGGUGCAUUGUUUCUAAGCCGACGAUAUUAUCAGGCUAUGUGUAUAAACGUACCAUAUCUAUCUGUGUUAAAUAAACGUUUGACUUUGAGGGGGAACAAUUGUAUUAUCAUUGACUCAGUUCGGAAACAAACCUAUAUUAUCACCGGUUCAAACCUCAGAUCACAAGUAAACGAAAAUCUUUCAGCUGAUCGAGUGUCUACUGUGCGCGUUAUAUUGUUCGUUGGUGGCGUGCGUUUUGCGCCCAUUACCUUUUUCGUGCAUUUUGCACCCAUUAUCGAAAUCUUUACCUAAUUAAAUUAUGUAAGGCGGACUAUUUACUCAAAAUUAUAGAUAUAAUAGACGACAAUUGACAAUUAUGUACUCGUAAUAUAAUAUUAUAUUUUUUUUAUACAAUAUUUUAUUAAUUUUACGUAAUUUUAAAUUUUGAGUGAAUAGUUCGCCUUAUAUAAUUUCAGCAGGUAAAGAUUUCGAUUACGGCCAGAACUACCACGAAAAAGGUAAUGGGCACAAAACGCACGGCGCCAUAAUAAUAUAGGUACCGUUUUGUAUCUUCCUUGAAUGUGUAGCGGGAAGGACCGCUAUUCGCGCCAACUCGCUACUACUGCUGUUGCUGCUACGUCCUUGACAAUAACCUCGACGGUUUUGAGGGUUAAGAGGAUGAUGGUGUCGGCGUGGGCGAACAUAUAAAAACCUUGUAUCGAAAAAUCGUUUUACCUAUUGAAAUGAAUACGAUUUUUUAAAUCGUGUAUGUAACAGCCUACUUGGUGGGCGUACAUUUAUUUGAAAAACUCUGGGUAUAAACAUUUUUUUUUUUCUAAAUGAAAUCAAUAGGUUUGUCAAGCACUAUUUAUUGAUCGUGUAUUUGUUUUUUGUUAAAUUUUCGUAAUGUACAAAAAUUCUAAACGAUUAUUUCGAAAGGAGUUCUUUUUUCAAGUUUCUGAUAAAACUUCACGAUGAAACAAUUUAAUACUCGCUACAAGGAACAUUUUUAAUUAUAUUCAAUACGAUAAGAAAUUGAAAUCAUUUCGAUCAAAGUUCAUUUUUUUUUUUUUCAUAAAAUUCAGUAAAAUUGCCUAUACGCAACCCCUUAAAUAUUGGUAUAGUGAUUAUAUUGUGUUUGUAUUCUAAAUAAUAUGAUAAAUACUGAUAAUAUUAUCAGUUAUAUUAUAAAUAUUAUAAUAGUUGUAUUAUGUAUUACAAAAUGGAAACACAAAUCACAUAAUCCCGUGGCCGAUAAGAUAUAUUCUUUGUUGUAGUAAAAUCAACGGGAAAGAGUUAUAGGUUCAAUUAACAAUUUAUUUUUUAUUAUUAUUAUUAUUAUUGAAUGGGAAAAAAUCCAUUUGGAGUGCAAAAAAAAAAAACCGUAAAAACCAGUUUAUCGGAUUUGUAUUACUUUAUUAUUAUUAUUAUUAUUCUUAUUUAUCCAAUAGGUACGUUUCAUUUUUAUUCUUGUACGCGCGUAUCAUAUACGCCGCUGCCGUCGCCGCCGAGUCGUCAUCAUCGUCGUCGUCGUCGUCGUUGUCGUCCUAACAAAAUCAAAAACCUGUUAUUACUGUAUACCAAUUUUUUUUUUUUUUCGUAAUCGGUCGGUCGGUUUAUUCAAAUCGAACCGGUCGCGCGGUGUUUUCGUUGGUGUAGGUAGGUAACCCAUACCUAUAUACCAUACCGUAGUUACUGUAUAUAUAAUAUGCGUAUACAAAAGUAUCGUAACUAUAAUAUUACGUGUGCCCUUAAAUUACAGGCGCAGGAUUUAUAAUCAUGGCUCACGUACAAAUUAAAAAAAAAAAAAGUAAUAAUAAAAAAUAAACGCCCAGGAAGAAACGUUCGGGAACGGGCGUUUAUAUAAUGAUAAAUAAAUCAAAUAAUAUUUAUACAUGUAUACGAACGGAGCCAUGUAAUAUAUAUUAUAUUGUUAUAUUGUUCGUACGCCGACCACCGCAGUUUUUAUUUUUUCUAACGACUAAAUUAGUUGUAAAUAUUAUCCGUUUAACAAAUCCAGAACUGUGCGCCGCGGUGUUUUUGCAGCGUCUUUCGACGCGAGUUUCCCGUAGCCUGUAGACUCGAUGCUAUAAUGUCAUGACGAAAUAGUUUAUAGAUACAUAAUUAGAGGAAUGAUCUCUGAAGUUUUGCAUACCCUCCCCCCCUAAUAUUUUCUCACUAAGCCUGAAUCGAUUAAUAAUACAUAAUGGGCAUAUGCCAUGAUAAAUACCCAUGAUGGGGUCCCAGCGAUACCGUUGGCCACUGUUACAUUGUAUUGUGUAACCAUUACUACUUAUCACUAUCCAUCAUAGGCGUGUUUGUAGAAGUGGCAGGGGUACCAACCUCUCCCCUCACGGCUAGAUUAUCCGUCAAAGUAUAGUUUUUAAAUGUCAAUAUAUACCUAUUAUUGGAAAUAUUGUUCCAAUAAUAAGGCAAUUUUUGAGUGAUAAUCCAUUUUUUAAUUUAUACAACUUUUACCCGUUCCAUAUUCAAAAUCCAUACAACGUUUGGGCACUCAAUAUCCCUAAAAAGAUAGCACGUUUGUGUAUUAAAAUGAAAAAAGUGUUGACCUUUGUUUAAGAAGUAUAUAAAAUAUAUACAUAUAAGUAUAUUAUACAAAUAUAAAAAAAAAUAAAAUAACUAGUGUUAAAUCAAAUAAAUAAUAUACACAUAUAAUUAUUAUAAUUAUAUUGUAUUUCCUUGAUAUCGAAUAUCUAUAAUUUUUAAUUUUUGGGUUAAUGUUAUUUAAAUUAUAAUUUCUUAAAAAAUUGAAUUGAUUUUCCUUUACAUUAUUUAUGUUUAAUACAGUUUCUGCACAAAUGUUAAUUAAAACAUCUACUACACGGUGUAUAUUCAGGUGUGGAUAGUAAAACUGUACAUUCAAAAAUGUUUUUCAAAACCUAUACAUAUAUUUAUUAACUAUAAUAACUAACUAUAGUAUAUCAUACUAUAUUAUAGUAUACCUAUAGACUAUAGUACCUAAACGUGUUUUAAUAUCAACAAUAUAAAAUAGUGUCCAAACGUAUUGUAGCCAGCUUACAAUCAGGGACCGUUCAGAAAUGACUAUCCACUCUGUAUUAUUUAUAUCUAUAAGAUAUUUCUCCACUUCGUAUUGACUAACAUCGCACAUCGCCGCUAUUUCCGGCCAGUACAAUUACGUAUAUACGAACCGACCAAUCAGAAGUGAGGCAGAACUACGACUUGGGCCGAUGUGUGUGAAAGAUGUGCUCAUAUAUAUAUUUAUAUAUAGGUACCGGACGAUAACGUGACACAUUGUAAUCGUAUUUUACAUACGUAUUAUCCAUUUUUUCAUGCAUAUAAUAUAAAAAAUACACAUUUUCAUUUCUUUUUAUGAUAAUAUUAUGUAUGCCUAUACCAGGCGGUCGGAAUCACGUCUGAAGAUAAUAAACUACAUGUGCAUGUAAAUAUAAAACUGUCACCGUAAAAAAAUAAAACAAUAAUACCUUUAACAUUACGCGUCAAGUGAAUCGUCUCACAAUAACACCGUGCAUAGAUUACUGUGUAAUAGGUAUAUUAUUAUUAUGGCGUUUACACUUGACACAAAUAUUAUAUUAUAGUCUUUAGGAGUUUCCGAGUGUAGUGGUGUUAAUAAAAUGUGUCUAUCUGUUAACAAAAAUGGAUCAGAUUUUUUCACACAGUACCUUAAAUGAUAAAUCGGUUUUACUUUUAUCGAUUUCUGGACUACAUCGUAUUCCGUUACAUUUGCAGGGGCUACAAGGGCAAAAUCACGACUAUAACCUUGCCAGUUUACCGAUCCCCGCUGAGAAUGUUUUUUCGAUUACAAUGAUUCAUCAUCGUUGCUUUCAGUUAAUAAUAUUACAAACUUAAUUAUCCGGCUAUUCCUUUUCCGUGGUGUGAAGUAUAAGACGCGUUUCCGGCUUUUUAUUAUUUUUACUCUCUUCUCCGCGCCGCAUACUGAACGUACAUCGAAAAUAGAAUAAUAAUCUUAUCUAACCCGCUCAAAAUACUCGUGAAACGCGCUAUGUAAAUUUAAAUUUCGAUUGUUUGUUUGUUUUUUUUUUUUUUUUAACGUACAUACCCGGCCGGCCGUGCGAGUGUUUUAUUAUUCUUUAAAAUAUACAGUAGCGUUUUCGACUUCAUUAUUUACGUGUCGACCGUAAAAAAGAAGAAAAUUAAAACAAAUUUGUUUAAAUCUCCGUUUUUUUUUACACGGCGACACGGACUCGUCGUGAAAUCGUAUUAUUAUUAUUAAUUUUUUUUUUAACGCGCCUAUAUAAUAAUAAUAAUAAUAUUAUUACGUUCGUUAAACAGUCAGUACACACUGCCGCCGCCGCCGCCGAUAGGUACGCGGCGCCCGUACAUUAUAAAAAUAUAGCGACUAAUAAUAAAUUAUACAAACGGAGUUUGAAGUUUUGACGCAAUCGUUUAAAACGAUUAAAAGAACCGAGAACACGAAAAUAUCGUAAUAAUAUAAACGCGCGUUCGCCCGGAGCGCCGCCGCAGUAAACCGUUUUUUUUUUCUUCCACACUAUAUAAUAAUUCCUCCCGAGCAACAUCGUCGCGUUCGCCGCCCAUCUCGCGUGUAAAUAUCGUACGCGCGUAAAUUCGUUUUCGAGACCUAAAAUUAUACACGCGUCGGAUUAUCAUUAUACGUUUUUUUAUUAUUAUUUUUUUUUUUUGUACACUCGGAUUUAUUAUUAUCGCGAGCCAGUGUGCCGAACGCCACGCGCGCGCGCGCCCUCGAGAACAACGCCACCGCCAUACGCGUAAAUAUCAACACGCCGAAAUCACGGUAACAAUAUUUCGUAUAUCACAACGAGAGCGCGCUGUUUUAAUUUUGGGAAACCGCGGCGAUCGGGGGCGAAUAAUUAUUAUUAGGCGGGGUACCGCGCGAGUGAUGUAAACCGGAGGCGGCGGUGGGUACGCGCUGUUUUUAGUCAAACAUCGGCGGAUUUUUGGCAUGGCCGCUAAGGUUAUUUGAAAGUUGAUUGGCCAAUCGACGAGGGGAAAAGACGACGGCGAAACGUUAAAAACAAAAAAUGCGCGCGCGCGUAUACGGAUUAUUACGGCGCGUUUAGCGAAAAUAAUAGUGGAAAAAACGUAUCGGUAGCUGCAAGUUACAGUCGAUAAUGUUAUCAGUUCUCGUGAGAAACUGUGCUUGAACGAAUCCGAGGCGUUAAACGUGUUUUUUGAAAUGCCGUGAUUUUUUUUUUUUUAAUUUUGAUAUCCGCCUAAAGCCAAAAUAAAAGAAAGCCUGAACAACUCAAAUGGCAGUACAAAAAUGGCCGAAAUGGUUUGAAAAUCGUAUCACUUUUAUAAUAAUUGGAUUAUGUGAACAUUUCAUGUCUCCGCGUUUAUUUAAUCGAAUUAAAAACAAAAUCAAAAACACUUAAUGCGCAUAUUUGUCUGUUUUUUCUAUUAUAAUCGACAUUUUAUAUAUUUUCUUUUUCGUCAACCAGAAAAAAUUUUAUACCAUUAAUUACCCUUACAGCUGAUAAUCUGAAAAAAAUUUCUGGUAAAAAAUUGUUCAUAGACAGAAAAUUAUUGUUUUUAAUAAAUAUUCGCCGUAGUAAAACCAAUGCAAGGAGAUAAAUCAAAAUACUCAGUAGUACAGAAUUUUAAACCGUUGGAUUAUGAAAAAUCCAUUUUUUGAGAAAAUUAAUUUUCAAGAAAGUUGAAGUCUCUGUACACAAUAAUGACCAAAAUAAUUAUUGUUACCUAUCUUCUUGUCAUUUAUUAUUAAAAAUUAAAAAGUCAAUAUUGUAAUAAUGUUAAUUUCUGAUAUUAUCAAAUAUCCGUCAAUCGGCUCGUUCAAAAAAAAAUUCGUUUAUAAAAUGAUUUUGGGUGGCCUGUUUUCCUGAGCGAAAACUAUCGUGUGUAUUUAUCGAUUUUUUUCAACGACUUUGAGCAUUUGCUCAUGUGUGUUUAAAAAUGUAUCAACUUCUCGAAAAACGUAUCCCCAUAUAUUAUAUUAUACUUGAAGGAGCGAUUAAAAACUCGUGCGGGAUAGGUAUCUCUCAAAACACUUUAGUCAGGUAUCUAAUUUUGUUACACUUCUUCGGCUGUCUAAUCUUUUAUACAAGUUUACUUACCGUAAUUAUAAUAUUAUAAUAUCGCCGGUCUGAGCACAGUAUAAUGACAAUGAUAGUCGUAUUAUGAACCUAUAAAAAAAAAAUGGUAGCCAUGUUUUUUUUUUUUUAUAUUUGAACGACCACGGGUAAACCACGCGCAAACAGACUCCUCAUCGGUGUUUGUUUUAGUUUAACGGUUUCUUUAUUUUUCGCUAUUUUAUAGGUACCCAAUUUUUUCUUAAUUAUUGUUUGGGACGAUAUGUAUAAUAGAUACCGCCGUGUACUUGCCCGGAGCGCGUAAUAAUAUACAGGGUGUCGCGUGGAGUAGACAAAGUUCUUCUAUUCUCUGUCUUCGUACUCCGCCCCCAUUAUUCGUGUAUAAUGUUUUUGAUGUUCAUAUUAUUAUGGGAGUCUGUGAAGCUACAAAGUUUUACAAAUAUUUGUGUAUUUUCACUCGAAAAAAAAAGUUUUCGGUUACCCUGUAAAAACGUUGCAGAUUUCUACCGCGGCGAUACAUAAUAUUCGUGACAUUCGUUGACGGCUUUUGUCAGUUCACUCCUAUAAGGACGAGUCCGUUUUAUCCGCCGUUUUUUUGUCGAUUUCCGCGGGGUUAUCAACGGUGGUGGGGGGAGGAUAAACCCGAUUAUUAUUAUAUAGUGCUCUGCCGCUCGGAAUCGUUUUUUCGUCGCACCCGGUAUACCCAUUAUGUUAUAAUAUUAUAAAAUAUUACCAUGUACAUCCCGUAAAUUGUCUACUACCCACCUACGCCGGUGGCCUACCUACGAGCGGUGUCCACGUUUUAUUACAUCGUGAUUGGUUUGGUACAUUGUCCGUUUUUCUCCGAAUUGUAUGAGGUACCUCAUCACAUACUCGUGCGCUAGACCAUUGUUUUCUUCUUCGGUUGCGGCGGCGUCACGGAAAAGAAUUCCUAACAAAAUAAUUAUUAUACAUUAUUUUUUUAUCACUAGAAUAAUAUAAUAAUAAUAAUAACAAUACAGGUACCUGCCUACUCUAUUCUGUAUUGUAAUUAUUCGCGAGUGUAUACGCGGACGGGGGAAUAAAUGGCAUGCGAACAUCACAUGCACACAAUAAUAAUAAUAAUAAUAAUAAUAAUAUGUAGUAAUAAUUAUUAAAAAAAAAAAAGGCGAUAAGAAAUCGAUUUAGACGUUUCGCGAUAUUAUUAUAACUAAAUGUCCUUGUUUCUGUAUAAUAUUAUAAAUAUUAUCUCGCGUGAGUAUGCGAUAUGUGUGUGUGUGUGUGUGUGUGUUUGUUUAUAGAGGAGAGGGCCAGCCAAUGUCCGCACUGCAUCACACUCGCUCGUACCACACACAUGCGGUGUAUAAAAAUAUUCUAAGUAGUUGUAGGUUGUAUAGUAGUUGUAUAAUGAUGAUAAUAAUAAUAAUAAUAAUAACUUACAUGAAAUAUAUAUAUGAAAAAAAAACGCGUGAGUGUGUGGAGACCGCGUAGGAUUCGUAUUUGACCUCAGAUACGCUUGUGGCAAAAUAAAAGUCUAAAAAUAGACUCUGUAUGUGUAUAAUAAUUUAUCUCGACCAGUGCUUCCCAGUAGGUAGUGGUUUUUUAUUUAUUUAUUUAUUAUUUUUUUUGCAAAUUAUUUUUUCCAUCGAUACCUACCCGAUAUUUAAAAUCGAAAACCAUAACUAGUUACGAUGUAUUGAAAUUAACCGAUAAAUCGGUUAUACAACCGGGUUUUUUUUAGCUUUUUUAUGUUUUGUUGCAGUGAUAUUAUCGGUACUUAUUUAUAGAGAUUUUUCUCCGGAAAUUUCUGGUUUGAAAGAAAAAAAACCUGCUAAUAUCGAAUACCGGUUUAUAUAUCGGCCUACCCCUAGAAAAAAUCCAACCUCCCAGUCAUGUGUUUUUGGCCGGGCGCAAAUUUGAGAGUUCAACUCGAAAAUAACAGAAUCGGUAUUUUAAACGUUUGUAGGAAACCGUAUAAUUAACACAAAAUAUAACAAAUAAAUAACAUUAUCGUUGAAAACUUGGAUUCUUAUUAUUUCAACCACGAAUGUUUUAAUAUGUUGUUAUUGUUGUUGUUACCUUUUUCUUUUACACGUUAAUUUUAUUUAUUUAUUUUUGUGUAUUUGUUAUUUACAGAGUCGAAAUGGUGAUGCGUGAAUUUGAGUUGUUUUCGAAAAAUAAUAAUAUGGAGUUGUUGGUUUGCAGGUAUGUCUAUAAUAAUAAUUUUGAUUUAAUAUGCGUAAUAAUUGGGUACCUUAGCCCAAAAACAAGCUUUACGGGAAAUACUUUUUACCGUCCGAUUUUGUCGGAAAGAAUGCUUCCUAUAUGUACAUAAGAUUUUUUUUUUUACCGGCUUUUUAGUGCUGUUAUUUAAAAACUAAUAAUAAUAUAAAUCGGAAAUCAGUAGCUGUAGAAUGUUGCUGUUUAUCUGAUGCAGUUAAAAAAUAAACGACGCACCAAAAAUAUUAAAUUGACAACAUAGUUUUGACGUCCCUAUUCUCCCUCAAACCAUAUUUGUCCGUAACAACGGCCACACUCAUCAUUGGUGCCAAUUGAGAGGGAGAUUCGGUUAGUGGCACCGAAACCAGCAGUAUUUUAAUGAGUGGGUGGUGAGCCAAUUUUUUUAUCGAAUUGGUACGUAUGAAAUAUUAAUUCAAAGAAUGUUGUAUGGGAGUUUGUUUUGUAAGCGAGGAUGGUAGUCUACACAACUUUUUACCUGUCCACCUUCUUAAAACAUGGUUUGGCGCCACUGGAUGCUAGUUUAGCCCCCCGUAAAUAUAUAAUAAUUAAUGUACACAAGUUAUUAUAUUAAUUUAAUCGAGCCCACUACAAAUAUCCUGGCUAUUUGUGGCUGUAUAUAAUAAGGUAACCCUUUCCGCCACCACCAAAUGGACAGUAGAUUAGCCGAAAAAUCUUAUCAUUAUACAAUAAGAAGACUGUCGUUAAAAAUUUUACAAAAUCAGAAAAAUUCGUAAAACCCGCUCAGGAGGAAGGGAGGGGGCUGAGGGCUCCCUUAAGAGCAUAUAAAUAUGCGAAUCCUUUCAUCGCUCCCGGCCGCGACGCGAUAAUGUUAUUAUUAUUAAUAUUAUAUAAUUACGACGAUUCCAACAACAAAAUCAAUAAAUAUUAAUUACACGUUAUCGCGGAAACAUUAUAAUACCCAUAUGUACAGCGUUAUUAAACAAAAUCGUGAAACUUUUUUUUUCUGCUUUUUAUGGCUUCGUGCGCCCUAUUAUUAUAAUUCGCGCGCCGCUCUAAAUUAUAACGUUUAAACCGUGUGGCUAUUUUUAAAAAUAAACUGCGUACUUAUAAUAAUAAUAAUAAUAAUAUUUAUAUAUAUAAAAAAAAAAAAAACCGAUAUUUUGUACUUUUACUAUGUACGGACCCGCCGCGUCGGCGUCAAAGUAAUAGACCCGACGCAACGAUAUGCAAUUUAACGAAAUAAAACGGUUAUACCAAAACGCGCUUCGUUAUUAUAGGUGUACGGUAGUAGUGACGGCAUGAAAUAGCAGUAGUAGUGAUUUUUCGCAGACGAUUCUAAAGUAAUAAUCACCGGAUACUAUACUCCGGUACAAAAAUAGCGGUGACUUUACAUUAACCGCUACAAGUGAUGUUAUAAAAUAACAUUAGAUUUCAGUGACUUCGGCAUCUCGAAAUCAAGUAAAUUAAAAUGUUUAAAUCGAUAUAAUUUGUUUCAUACAAAUUAAAUCACAGCUUGUAUGAUAAUAAAACAGCUAAAGUUCCGAGUGCUCAUUAUAAAUUAUAUUACCAUUAUUAUAGUAUAGAUGAUUUUGCAGGUCGCAAAGAGCUAUAGCAAAAUAGCAUUUAAUAUAGGCAAUUAGUUUGAUUUGUAUUACUUGUGUGUUUUUAUAUUAUUUUUUUUCGUGACACUAGAGACAGAAUAUCAACAGUAAUUAAAUGUAAAUUUUUCUUACAACAGUCAUAUUUUAACGGGCAAUCGAAAAAAAUAUGCGCUCAUAGGGCUAUACUUUGGCUUAUUCGGCUCUGACAGCAAAAUUGGUACAGUAAACGAUUUAAAUACGUUCAAUAUAUUUUUAUACUCGUUCAUAUUAUUAUCGGGCCGAUAACAUUUUCGGUUGACAGUAUAUUAAAUUCAGUAUUUUACUAUCUGUCACAUUGCGCACAAAUGUCGCGUUGGGCAACUGUCACUACAGCUAAGGAAAGCUGCAGAGAUCUGUGGAACUGUUACACUUGGAAUUUAUUAAAAUGUUCAGUGUGUCCCUACAAAAAAUAAAAAUAUCUGAAUAAAGCGUUCGUAAUUUACGCCAAAAAUAGACACUGAUUGUAUCUGUUACGUGUUUAUAUACUUUUCCAGUUACUUUUGGAUACUUUUAGCAUUCCGGGUCAAAUAGAGUAGAGUUGUUUUAUUAGCGGAUUAAAAUGAUUAAAAUUAUUUAUAUUCAGUGCUAUAGUCAUAAAAAAGCAGAAGGUGUACUAUAAGUUAUAGGUUAUAACUAUAUCAUUAUUAGGUAUAAGUGUAAUAUGUCCUCAAGUACAUUGUCUAACCUAAUGUUUUAGUAGAGGGUAUAAAUAGUAAAUAACUUAUGGUUUCGUAAUCAGAAAAAAUUAAAAUUAUAAUAAUAUUUGUAUAAUAUAUUUUAUGAUUUCACUAUGACAGAGAGUGUACUGUUAUUAAUGGUAAUGAACAGAAGGUGUAUACAUUGUAUUAUUAUUAUAUAUUAUUUGGUUACACAUUUUCUUACACGUAUCUACAAGAUAAAAUAUAUGCGAAAGGAAAUUCGAUUCUAGUGAGCUCUGCUGCUUGCGGAUGUUUUUAUUUUUUCCAACGUACGAUCUAAACGAAACCGAAUAAAUAUUAUUUUGACGAAAAUAUGUAAAUAAAAAACCUACGUUGUUGAGUAAUGUUCUCGUUUAUACGAAACCGCCGAGUAUAAUAAUAAUUGUCAAAUUAUAAAUACGUAUAAAAAUUUGUAUUCUUGCGGUUAUUAUUUCACGUUUACACUUAACAGAAUAACAUUGACCUUUCUCAACGCGAGUUAUCUAAUUUAUGUAUAAUGAAACGAAACUUUCAUUCGCUCGCGCGCAUAAUAUAUUAUAUUACACACGCAAGCUAAUAAUAUACAAUAUUAUGCUAAUAUUAUAAUGUCGAUGCGAACGCAACUAUUAUACCGCAUAGUACAGCGCAUUUUAAAUUUUAUUGUUUCUUUUCGUGUGUACCUAUAUAGAUCCAAACGAUACGCAUGUUCUUUUUUUGUGAACAGAAUUAAUUCUAUAUACUGAAUUCCAUAUAUACUUUCACUGUACGAAAAAAAAAACGUUUACGCGUCUAGGCAUCACGUACCAUCAUAGCUGUUGUGUUUCAGUAGAUUUUACUCGUAUCGUUUUCUGCUACCGUCGUACGGGAUAUUAUUUUUGCAACAAAUGACCCCCCCCCCCGUUCAUUUUUUGUUGGUGUAACGAUAAACGACGAAAAAACGAAAGGUAUAUGUAAAAACGGACAAGCGGUGAGGAUUAAAACUUCGCAGUAGACGAUUGUAUGUUUAAGAGAACUCAACAUUUCGAAUUUUUUGUACAUAGGGCGAACAGUCGCCGGAAACGCUGAUUGAACUGUUGAAAUACAAGUAGUCAUUCGCAUGUGUAAAGCGGAAAACAAGUGCAUCUAUAUAUAUAUAGUUUCGAGUGUAAAGUAUAACCGUGUGGAAAGAAAUUUAUUAAUUUAUGAGACUAAUAUGUUAAAAAAAUAGACAUACUUUGCACAUUGGGUGAGUCAUUAUUGUAGGUGAAAAAUUGGGAAGAUAUAGGAUAUAGAGGAGAAUUUAAUUUAUAUCUCUACGCAACGAUGAUAAACUAUUACCAACGAAAAAUGAGUUUCUUUUAUAUAUGUUUUUACAUUUUUCUGUUUUUCCCGGUAUUUAUCAAUUAUUAUAAAAAACGUAGGGAAAAUUAAAAAAUGGUCUCCUCAAUGUACUACCCAAAUACAAUUUUCUUUUGGAAAAAUUAGUACACAUACAAAUUGGAUCGAAAUUUCUAGUAGAAAAGUUGUAUAAGAUAAAAAAAAAAGUAAUAAUAAACAUCAUUGUAAUACCAGUACAUUUCUCGCUAUGCUCCGAAUCUAAAAUAAUAUACUUGAUCAGAUUUCGUCGAUGGGUUAUUUAACUGUUGGGUAUAGAAUGAAAAACGUAGAAAUCAAAAAAGGUCUUAUAUGACAAUAGUCGUCGGAAGUAACAAAGACUUCAUUGUCUGGGACAAACCAUGGGAACGAAGGAAACGAGCUGCAGAGUUAGAGCAGCCAUCGAAUGGAAAUCUGCGGAGGACAGAAAAAAACGGGAGGAAAAGAUCUAGAACAGCGAUUAUCGGAGGACAUUGACAGUGGCAGCUACAACUCUAAAUUAUUUACUAAACUUACAAUGUAAUGACUUUCAAAACAUUUUUGUAUGUGUAUUUUCCCUUGGUAGCUUUUGUUUCAGACUAACCUUACAAUCAAUAUAGUAUACGUGGUAUACCUUAACAUUUUAUGAUUUAACUCAGUUUAUUCAAAACUCAAAAUCUUUGCCACCGAUAUUUUCCCUAAACGAAUUUCCAGAUAUCGGAGAAGUUAAUAUGAUAUGAAACGAAUAAGAUUUUUUCUUAUAUUUACUUAAUAUUCAGCGUAUGUCGUGUGCAUUUCCACUUCUUUUGCAUAUUCAAAUCAUCUGCCCAUUCGCGGUUUCGAUUUCAAAACGAUUUAGUACCUAUACAUACCUAAUAAUAUUUAUGUAUUCUGAAAAUUAAUUCAUAAAAUAUAUUUGCAUCUCGGGUCGAAUAAUUAAAUUAAUAUUAUUGGGUUAGGACCGCGUCAUGUAGAUAUACACUCGAAAAUUGCACUUCCCGAUUUUAAAAAAACUAGUUUUUUUUUUUUUAAUGAAAAAUGAAUUUGUUUUUCUCGUCAGAGCACGUGACGGCUAAAAUAGUAAACAUAAUAAGUAAUUAUGAUAUUAAUAUCUCUUCUCCGUUUAUUGAACCUGCAGUGUAUACUCGUAGAUUAAAGAUAUUUUUUUUUUUUACCUGUAUAGUGUCGUAUAAACCACAUGAAUUAAUAAUGUAGAUAAAACUCGUUAUCUUAAUUCGUGCUCUCUUAACAGUCAGUAAUUGAGCUGUUAGGUCGUGUAGGAAAUUUCUGUUUUCUUUCAUAAAUAACAUUAUGUAUUAUAAUCUCGUGGAACAGUAAAGUUAAUUUAUCUACAACGACAUAAUUAUUGAAAAUUAUCCGGUGCCGGGCUUAGUCAAUCAUAAAAAAAAACAACAAUACUGAUAAUAAAACGGCAAAUUGUAUUGAUAUUAACCCACGCAAAAUAUUUGUUUAGGUCAUAAAUUUACGAUUAAUUUCAAAUGUUUUUCCUAUUAUCACAUCAUAAUAUACUUAUCGCGUAAUGUUCACGUAGGUAUAAAAAAACAUUUUACAAAUUGAUCUAUUAAAUCUGUCAUCUUGGUGUACGCUACAGCAGGCUGUCAAAUUUCGGAUUGGCUCGUAUAGUCAGUCGUCUAUUUGUUUUAGAUAUCCGUGAAUUAAACAAGAUAUUCAAUUCAUAAAUCGCAAAAAAAAGCACUCAUUUUGAGGAUACAAGAUAGUGGUGAACAAUACGAUGUACGAGCACACCGUUUUGGACGUUUCGGACCAUUUGCAAGAAACCCGAGUACGCUUCAAAAAUCAACAUUGUUUUAUACACGUAUUAUAAUGGGCAGUCCAUUUAUCAUUGACCAGCGGUUUUAUCACCGGAUUUCAAGUGGAUUUGAUUUGUAUUUUUUUUUCCUAGAGGUGGCCCUCUUGUGGAACACCAGAAGAUGCUAAAAAUACAUAGGAAUUAAUACCGGAACACCUAACCCACUGAUAUCGAUAAGGUAGGACUGUAUCCAGGUCAAUAGUGGCUCACCCAAACCUUGAGGACAGAGACAAAUACAUUAUGGCUCACAGAAUCAAAAGCCUUGUUGAAAUCAAUGUAUAAAACAUCAACCUGCGACUUAUCUAGGACGAAAAUCAUGUUGUUUCUUUAUGAAAAUAUUAUUAAUGAAUGUCUCAAUAUUGUAUAAAACUAUAAAUUCAAUAAUUGUUGAAGUGAAUUAUUGAAUAAAAAUGGGGUGAUAAUUUGAGACAAUUCCCUGAAUACCUGACUAAAAGAUAGGCGUUAUAGAACUAAAUUUAAGCAUAGAGGGAAAAAUAUCCUCAUCAAGUGACAAUCUAAAUAAUGUCUAAAGAGGAAAGGUUAUGACAUCCCUUAAUUGAUAUAAGAAGAUCCCUGGAAGGCCAUUAGGGCCAAUGGACCAGAUCUCUUUCAAGGCUUAUAGGUGGUGAUAUACAUCAUGGAUGGUAAAAACGAUGUUGUUCGGUAGAUCAAAAGUGAGAAUACCUAAGUCACUGAUAUCAAAGUGAGUACGAUCAGAGGAGUAAACUGACGAAAAAUAGGAUUAAAAUAAAUUAGCAGUCAUCUGAUUAAUAGUAGAGAUAAUGUUAUUAAAGUACAUUUCUUUGGGGAUUUUAUAACGAGAGCGAUUAUUCUUUACAUAUUUCCAAAACUCGUAUAGUUUGUGCUUUAGCGAAAGUUCAACUUGUUCAACGAACGAUGAUAAAGUCUUUCAGAUUCAUAUUUAAAUCUGACACGAAGAAGUGAGAUUUUUUCUUGAGGCCGAGAAUGCGUUUUAGAUCUUUAUUGAAUCAAGUUGACUCUUUAAACAUGACUUUAGGCACGAGAUUGAGUAUUGAUUAAUGUAAAGCAUCAUAAAAAAGGUUAAAAGCUGUAUCAGCGUCACAGGGUGAAAAGGUAGAGUGCCAGUUAAAAGAUACCAAAAACAAGCGGAUAACUUCAUAAUCUGCUUUACAAAAGUUGAAGUACGAGUGGUCAAGAUUACCAUGAGAUAGGGAAAAAGAUAUGGGAAGAGAGAUAUCCAAAGCUAGGUGGUAAGAGUCAAUAGGUAUAAUGAGCUCUAGAGACUUUUUGACAUAAAAUAGAUUAUUACUACAGAAAAUGAGGUCUAAAAGACAAUUAUGGUGGUUUCAUACAUUAUAUAAUUGAAAAAAGCUACUGACUGCAAAUGCUUCAGAAAUGCAGUGGCACGGGAAUGAGAGGAGAAUGAGUAGGUGAGACUACUGUCGUCAUUAUCCCAAGUUACCUCAGGUAUAUUGUAAUCGAUGCAAAUGAUAAAUAUGUGGUUUGGAUGAUAACUUAAAAGGCUCUCAACAGAUUUUAUAUGGGAUUCAAAAUAACAGGGGAAGAUUGGGGAGAAAUAUAGACACAACUGAUAAUAAAUUUGGAGGCACUAGAAGAAAAAGAGACGAAAAUAUGUUUUUUGUUCGUCUCGAGAAUUAUAAUAAAACGUGAAUGUAAGUCCUUACGAACACCAAUGAGGACUCCCCCCCUCCCCCCCGGAGACAUGAACUGAUGGAGGAACACCUAUCAUACUUAUAAAUAUUAUAACUAGAAAAUUCAAGUUUACAAUUUCAGAAAUUAUCAGCCAUGUUUUAGUAAAAGCGAUAAAAAUAGAGUUAAAAGAAGGUACAUUACAAUUAAGAUUAGAGAAGUUUGUGCUAUGGCCGUGACAGUUUUGGUAGUAUCCAUGGGUUCUUGGAGAAGCCGGAUCACUCGUUAAGCCUACGGAAGUUGUCGACCGUGGCUGUAGUUUUUCACCGGGAGAUUACACUUGAUGUUCCAUUGGUAAAAGAUAUAGUGAGAAUAGAUUCACCCGCAGCAACAUGACUAUCGAGUUAUUGGUGACAUGUCCGAAGUAAUUGUUGCUCGAGUGAAGUUUUAUCCCGAGCAAGGCUUGAGAGUGGAGAUAAGUGACUACGCUAUUUGUCUAAACUAUAGGCCGUCAAAGCAGUAGAAGCUGCAUCAGAGAAAGCGAAUAUAACUUUGACUGGCCAUGAAGUAGUAAAGGAUGGUUUACCAAGGUGAAUAGGCUUAAAUUAGAUUGGUAUAGCAUUAGAAAGCUGAGAAAAGAUACCGCGGAUAUUUUUUUCGUCAUUAAUUUUGGCCGAGAAGUUGGUUGAAAAGGAUUCCGAUAUGUCCUAUGCAAUCACUUGCACCGGUCACGCUCAGUGAACUCAUGGAUAAUAUCGGAGACAGAGGUGCUACUGGUACUAGUGGCAGGGGGUGCUUCAGACUCUAAUGCAUGCAUUUUAGAUUCAAGAAAAUCGAUUUUAUUACGUAGUUCAGUAAUUUCAAGAGAGAGUGCAUCGAACCGGUCCAUAAGAGAGUUAAUACUAGAUUUAAGUUCAUUACCUAGAGUUUUAUGACCAUUAAUGUAGAAAUGUCGAUACGCAUUUCAUAUCAAAUGUACCGUUUAUGAGUUAUAAUUACGGGCAGAUGUUUAUAUGCUUUUAUAUAUGUUUAUUGGUUGUUUGACAUCGAACUAUGUAUUUUUUUAUUUUUAAUCACUAAAACUGCAAAAUGUCACACGAAUAUAAUACAAUUAUAUUAUUAUAAUGCAUUGUUGUUGAACAAUAUCGGAAUAAAAUGUGGGUGUCAACAGGUGAAAUGCGGAACGGUCGACUGGAGGCGGCGCUCAUCAUCCCGUUGUUCGCGUUGUUCGUACUGACUAACCCCGGAACGCCGGUGACGCACGCCGGCAGCUCCUCGGUUAACGACACCACCACCACCACCACCACUACCACCACUACCACCACUACUACCGCCAUCACCGCCAUCACCAACAACGACAACGACAACAACGACAACGACAACAACAACAGUAGCGCCGCCGUUAUCACAAACUCCACCGCCGCCGCUGCCACCACCGCAAUCAACACAACUGCCCCGGACGCCGUCAAUUCUUACAUACUCCGGAACCUGACAAUCGGUUACCUGACCGUGGCCAAGGGUGACCUGGGCCUCCGGCAGGGCACUGCCAUUUCGGGGGCUCUGACUCUGGCGCUGAAACACGUGAGUAUAUUCGGCCGCAGCCUAUAUAGCUAUUACUUCACCUCCGUGUUCCCAAUAAUUAAAUCAGUCGGGAAAGGAGCACUGUAAGGAGGGACUUUCCCACUCUCCCCCUCAAAGUAAACUCACCCAAAUCGACCAAAAUUACUGCUUUUGAACGAUCGGAAAACACGAAGUAAUUUAUUUUUGGAAAACGAGUCAGUCAAAUUUCGACUAGUCGCUCCCUCCCCCCUUUCCUCCCGACAACAAAGCGACUCUGCCUGGGCCCAGGCGCGUGCCCAUAACAACAAAAAAAAAAUAAAUAAAGAAUACUAAUACUACAGCCAGGUAAAAAGGUUUAAAACAAAAAACAACGAAAUAUAGUACGAAAAAAAUAUUCAACGUCCACAAUUAUCAAUAAUAAUCGCGGCAUCCUCAAUGUUAACAUAUCUAUAUUUAUCUCUCACGAAAACCGAUCAGCGAUCAUAUUCACACGUGUAAUAUUAUUGUAUUGGCAAACGUAUUUAAACCCUGUCAUUUUCUGAAAUUUAGUGUAAACCGGAUUCGUUUUCAAAUCGGCGUGCGUCAGCUACAUACUAUAACACGGGGUUCGUGACUUGUAUAGUACUUGAAAUCGAUAAAAAAACGGCUUGAAAAAACUUCAUAAUGUGUAUUUAAUUUUUUUUCUUUUUUUUAUCCAUCAAAAUCGACAAAUAAAAGCACUGUCUAAUUUUAUAUUCGAACUCUUGAAUAGUUUUAAGAAACUACACUCGCAGAUUUUCAUCUUCCCCCGUGACCUGCAGCGACGACCGACGUGACAAGAAAAAAUUUAACUAAAAUAAUUAACAAACACUAGUUCGAUUAUACCAAAAACCUAGGUGAAAUUAUUUUUAAAUCCUCGAGGGGUUUGCGUCGACGUCGACGGCUUACAUGAAAACAAUGUGAAAAUAUGCAAAAAAAUAAAAAAAGAAAAAGAAAAACUACUAGAACAGAUAGGUCCUCAAUUUUUUUUUUUUCACGUACUUUAUAUACUGUAUUCGCUGUACUUAUAUAUGUAUUACGGAUCUAUCCCGUACCAUUGUGCCUUAACAUAAACUAUAAUUAUUUAUUUCAAAACGAUAACAGCGUAAAAAAAAAAAAUAAUAAUAACUAAUAAACAAACGCUUAUACUAUAUAAGUCCCGAAUCUCAAAUUGUAUGAAACGUCCCCCGUCAACUAUAUAUUAUAAUAUACUCAGCCGAAGGCGUUGUUUUUUCGUCGUCCAGUCCGGUGUUUUGGGCGAAAGGGGGGGGGGAGGAGGGAGAGUUAUUCUAUUCCACGUUUACCUACCCGUACGUUGUAUUAUAAUGCGCAGAUCGAAGAAGACCCGAACCUGUUACCCAACGUGUCGCUGGUGCUCAGAUGGAACGACACGUUCGGCGAGACGGUGAUCGCGACCAGAAUAGUCACGGAGAUGAUAUGCGACCAGGUGGCCGUGUUCAUCGGGCCCGAGGGCAAUACGUGCCACACCGAGGCGAUAAUCGCACAGGCCUGGAACAUUCCAAUGAUCAGUUAUGUGAGUAUACGACGACAUUAUAAUAUUUUUGAAUUAGGUACGUAUAAGAAAAGAGAUCGCGCGUUAUUGUCGGACACGAACCGAUUUCACUGGACUGUACGAUGACAAUACACUAUCGGUACGUAAUUUAUUUCGGCGUAGACCCGGGGAGGGGACUAUAGCGAUUUUGACGCGGAACGAACGGAUGGACUAACUUCAUUACGUGCAGUUAGAUUAAAAACAAAAAAAAAGACAAACGCACUUCGCAUGUGGGUGCAGCCACUGUUCUAGGUGGAAAUUUGAGAAGGUAGGAUACAGACGGGAAUUUAAUAUAUAUCUUUAAGCAACGAUAUAAACCAUCGCUAACGAAAAAACGAUUCUGAGCGGAAUUAAGUUGAUAGUGUUACUUUUUCAAUGUAUAUCAUAUCAUGGUAAAAUGAGUUCAAUGUGCGUUUUCAUGACAACUAUAAUUGUUUAAAAUAAUAAAAUAAUAAUGGUUCACAAAUCUGGAGAAGCGCCAACUCAUCCCAAACUCAAACAAUCCAGGCAUCAGUCCAUAACCUUUCGUCUUUUGACCUUUGCGUUAUGGUAUGUCUCAUAUAACACAUUCCAUUAAGACAUAAAAAUCCAACCUGUUGAUCAACUAACCAAACAAUAUUACAUUAAAUUUUACAGAAAAUUAGUAUAACACCAAAAUCCUCUUAUAUCCCAUCUAUCCUCACUCACGUUACCUGACAACCCCGCCCGCCGUCUCAAAAGACGCUUGUGUUGGGAUCUUUUAUGAUAAAAAAAAAUCAAUAACAAAAAAUAAAUAAAAAUGGUUUCUAAUAACAAUCGUUUUUAAAUCUUUCAUUCUUUUUUAACCUAAAGAACCAGGUUUUCCUGAUUACCUCGAAUAUGAGAAUUUCAAAAAAUUACUUCUUCAAAGAUUACCACCCAGAGAACAUUUUCUUUCAGAAAAUGUGCUAUACUUGAUAAUCGGAGUAAGCUUUCUAAUAUAAAAAGUGUUUACAUAAAAAAAAAUAAACAUCAUUGUAAAACCAAUACAUUCUCGCUCCGCUCAGGAUCAAAUACCCGUACGAUGCGGGUGUGUAAUAUAUAUCGAGUGACGAUAAUAUUAUUAUUAUUAUGAUAACGAAUUAUGAUUUGAUAUUAAAUUUUUAAACCAGUAAGUCAAAAAAGGUAUUUUUUUUUCUUUAUAUAGACUCUGAGCGGAGCGAAAUCGGUUUUAUAACCAAAUAUAUAUUAAAUUUUUCCUUUACUUUACCGACCAAUACAACAGUGGCCCACAGACCGUGCGAAGUAUGUCCGAUUUGUUUUUGUAGGCUCUUGCCAUUCCGCUAUCGCGACCAAUCGACUUCAUCUAUUUAUAUUAUUAUUCCGUUGCGCAUACAUUUUGUGUAUAUUUAUCAUAUAGAUUUCGUAAAUCGUAAAAUUUUCAAGGUAGACAUCCAAUACUACACAGUGCAAAAUGAUCAUCGGAGUCCAGCGACAAAUUAAAAAACAGUGUAUUACGUAUAUUCUCAUUCGUCAGAAAUUUCGAUUUUCUUUCGCUAUCGUAUUGUCAGCAGGCAGUGAUGUUCAGUGACCACACGACGGCCUUCUUGAAAAUCACAGGCCUCACACUACCAGGUGUCGUAGUUGCAUAGUAAUUUGCGAUAUUAAACACUAUCCAGUGUAGCUUCGUGUACGUGCAGUACGAAGUACUACAGAAACUUCAUCCAGUUUCGUAAUAUUUUAUAUUACAUACUCAUACUAUAUGUUUUAAUUUUGAACACUUGUCGGUGGAUGUUUAUUCGAACUUCAUAACCCUCCCUCGGAAACCAACCCCCCCCCCUCCCCGGACGUAUUCGUACUUGUUGACAACAAUAUAAUUACGACGGAUAAUCUACUAAACAUGUUUGAAAUAUUACUCACCUUAUAAUAACAGUAUUAAUAUUGAAACAAUUUAAUAUGGGUUGACAAUAUACAAAGAAUGUAACUACACGACAGUUAAACUGUUCCUUCGACACGUGCCCACUCGAAUUUAUUACAUUUUAAAAUUCGUUUUAUCGCUCUGAGUGCCUAGGUUUAUAGUUGUAUAGAUUUUUUUUUUUUUUUUUUAUAGUUUUUAUAUACCGUGAUACGCUAUUAUUGGGUAAUAGGCUAAAGUGUAAAACUAAUAAUAAAACCGUUUACGACUUUUUCUAAAAAAUUAUUUUAUUUUAUUUUUAUUACUUUUCCAUUGUUCGCUCGAAACAUACCUAUAAAAAUACAUUUAGGUAUAUUAUUUUUAGUACAAAAGUAAAAAUACACCCACUUGCUAUAUUUAAUUUAAUAUUUAUAUUCGAUAAAACAAUACAAACAAGCAAAAUAUACAUAUAUGUAUAUUAGUUAAAAAAAAAAAAUAGUUUCUACAGUUUCUAAUAUUUAAAGAGGCAAGAUAAAAACAGAAAAAAAACAGCUAUGAAAUAACGGUGAAACAUAAGAUAUAAGUGUGUUUUAAUCGAGCGGUGUGAAGCAGCAGGUGUUUUAUGUAACAAGAGAAUUCCAAUGAGACUUAAACGCAAGUUCUUUAAGAGUGUGGUAAGACCGACUAUGUUAUGUGGUUCGGAAUGUUGGACAGUAGAAAGAAAAUGCUUUGGUGGAUGAGUGAAAGAUGAGAGAGGAUAGGAUAAGUAACGAGUACAUAAAAAGUAGCGCAAGCGCGUGGAUUUAAUAUUGGACAAAAGAAGAGAAAAAGGUAUAAGAUAAUAAGAGGUGUAUGUGGUGAUGUAAGAGAUCGGAUCAACUGAAAGUUAGGAACAAGUGAGUUUAAGAUGAAGGAUAAGAAGUUGGAAAUGCGAUUUAUAAUACGUUGUAAAUAUUGUUUGCUAUACAUGGAAAUGAAAUUCAGCAUAAUAUGAUCACAUCUGUACGAUAGAUUCCGAGUAUAUCGAAGUUAUUUUCGGUGAUAUUCAGAGGCAAACACUGGAAAAGUUUCGGAAAUUGACGGCACCAAAGAAAUGUCAUCGUUUUUGUUACAAUUUUAUACUAUUUUUCUAUUCUGAACGUAACAUAUAAGGAAUAUAUAUAUUGAUUUUCUAACAGAAAUCUUACUCCAAUAAAAAAAAACGACAAGAUACGUUUUUUGUAGAAAAUGUUUAGUUGGUUAGUUUGAUUGUUCUUGUAGUUUUUCAACAGUGAGAAAAAACCAAAGCACAAUUUAUACAAUAACGGAUGUUGAUUUUUUUUCUUGUUAAAAAUAAUCAUAGAGACAUUUCCAUCGAUAACUUUCUGUAUAGUAGCCAUUUUCAAAAUAAUCUGGUUAUUUUUAGUUCUUUGUUAUAGCUAUUUGUAAUUUUAUAAAAUUUGUGCAACAUCUCAAUAAUGCUUGGAAAUUUGAUACGAAGUCAUCAUAAUUUAAAUAAAUUACAAUUUUUUAGUCCGUCAAAUUUGUAUUGCUAUAUUAGUUUUGAAAAAUAAAAAUAGAGAAAUAUUUCAUUGUUAUUUUUAACUUGAAUGUUCGUUAUAAGUUAAAACACAUCCAUACUAAAAUCGAUAUUUUUGACAAAACUUUCCAAAAUGCGAUUUAUUGUAUUAUUAUUCUAAAAUAUGACGCAAAUAUUAUAUUUGAACCGUGUACGAAAGAUUAAUAUCUUUCUACGGACGAAUGAAUUGUCGUAAAAACAGGUUUCGUAUAAAAUUUAGACCGUCGCCUCGGGUUAAGUGUCGAUUUUGAUUCUCCAAAUUAGGUGAAAAAACUUCCGCUUUUCUCUACCCAUACCUAUUUAACGUUCGAUGAAUUCAAAAAAAUCACGUAGACAUUAUUAUGGCAAUGAUAUCAAGAGAGUUGAAACUGUCGAUUGCAAAAUCUGAAAAUAUGUCUACCAAGUAUGCUAUACCUCUAAUAUGUACUCGUUCCUUAUCCUGUCCCCUCUCGUCACUUCAUUCAUCCGCCGAAGCAUUUCCGCUACACUCAUUAUCUGUUCUAUUUUUCUGUUCCACCGCCGAACAAUCCGAACCGUACAACAGUGUUCUGUUUCACCGCAAUCUCGUAGAGCUUACGUUAAUUUUGUUUAGCGCAUUAUUUAGAAUUUGUAGGGAUAAAUGAGAAUUUUUUUUAAAUUCUUGAUAAUUUAUAUAUAUAGGAUAUUACAUUCCUAGCCCUAGUUUUAUGCUCAGCGCUUUUGAUUUCUCAUGGCGAUCGGGGUUGUCCACCCACUGAAUUUUUACCCAUGAGCGCUCUUGGUUACUUUCACGACUUGUAUUUAUAUAAAAAAAUAUUAUCUCGAACUAAUACUAUUACUUACUAAUAGUGGAUUAGUAGUGGUGCUUACUUGCGUAGUUAUGAUUUUUUUUUCUGUGUAAUUUUAGUAAAUAUAUCACGCGCGCGUGUCGCGAACGGUAAAUGUAUAAUAUUAUGAAAUUAUUUUGUCGUGUGCGCCGUUUUUCUAAAGAAAAAAAACUAAUGUAAAAAAAAAAAGCCACCGUCGUAUUAUUCAUUAUAGUCACAUUAGUCACCGCGAUACAAACUGCGUAACCGGUCGUUAUAAUAUUAUUUUCUUUUAUUUAUUUUAAGACGGUAUUUUUUCAUUCACUCGCCGUCUCCGUUGGAAUAAUAUCGCUAGCCUAUAAUAAUAUUGUAUUUAGUUUUAUAAGUUGUACUGUCGUCUCCUCGAUAAAGUCCAGCGCGUAAACCUCACGUGUAGUAGAAAAAAGAUUUUUUUUUUUAAAUUUUCUAUAAGAUAUUUUUAAGAUAACUUUAGUCGGAAACACAUUGUGUGAGAAUGAAGGAUUUAAAUUUGCAAUUUAAUUAAAAGUAAAGUAAUUUUUUCUUAAAUAAACACUGAAAAAGUAGUAUAAGUUUUUCGGCGUUGGACCGCAUUCACUGUCUAUCGGUCAAACUAACGGGCGACGUUGUAAAAUUAGCAUACUAUAUAAAAAAUAUUGUCAAAAAACAAUAAAGUCGUGUGAAAGAUUUGAUAUUUUUUAAAUAACUGUAACUUUGUAACUUUUUUGUUUGGCACUUUUUUUGAAAAACAACGCCGAAAGUACGUUCUCUGGUUCCUUUAAUAUUGUUAUCAGCUUUUAAACUAUUUUAGUUUCAACUUAAACGCCACAAUUUAAGCUAUGUUGUUCCGAUCAAAAUGUAGCUGUUAUUGUAGCUCAUAUAAUUGCUUGUAUUGAAAAAACGGAAAUUAAAAUCAAACUUAACACGACUCAUUUACUAUGAUCAAAAAUAGGUAGUAGGGUUACAAAAUUGAAUAUAGUGUUGAAAUAAAGCUUGAACUAUUCCCUCUUAAUUUUAAAUCUUCAGUGAUUUUAAUGGAACCCUAUUCAUCAUAACUCAUGACGUCACCAUUAUCUAUCACUACCCUAUCACUCAGUACCGAAAUAAUGCAACAGUUUCCCCUUGCUCUCUGCAUCACAGUUGAUGUAAACCAGUUCUUAAUAUUUAUUCAUAAGCUGCCAUCGCCAAUCGCCUCUAGCGAUUAGCGGGAUUUGAUGCGUGGUCUUUUUAUAACAUCGAACCACGAGAUGAACAGCUGACGGGUGUGCGUGUGCUACUGUUUUAAAAGGAAGUGCAGAAGGGAGAAUGUAAAAAAUGAAUUGAUUUAUAUCUGUUGCCGGGUUUACCAAUUUCUUAUGAAAACUACGGAGGAAAUCAAACAAUGACCUUCUCGAACGCACCGACAAAAUUAAAAACGCUACUAGAGCUCGGAUUAAGGUUUCUGGUUGAAAAGAUAUGUUUACAGAUACAGAAAAAAAAACACGUCGCAGUGAAACCAAUACUUCGUUCGGAAAAAAUAUAUAUAUAUAUAUAUAUAUACAGAAAUCGAAUUUACUUAAAAAAUCCUGUGAGACAAACGUCAGAUCAUGAUAAUUGAAUCGCCCUGUAUAAAAUACUGUCCAGGCAGUUUGGAAAUGGCGUCUCGUCGUGCGCGCGCGUUCUAUGUAAGAGUUAUUUUGAAUAGGCGCGUCCGACGACAACGUUUAAAACAAGGUCGCCCUCCCACGGAGUUACGUGUCUACACACACAUUUACGAUAAUAAUAUAAUAACCACUGAGUAAAAUAAUUCAGGGGUAGUAUUGUGUAUAUAGGCGUGUAGGUAUAUAAGUAUUCGGUAAGUGGUGUAAUAACGGCGAUUCCAAGGUCGCGGUCGUGUGUUUGUGUUUUAAUUUUUUUUUUCUUCUGCGUGAAGAAAAAUAUCUAUACAUAGAAUAUUCGAACAGUCGUCUGGGCAUAUUUUUUUGCCAAGGCCGAUAAUAAUAAUAUUACCGUAAACCGUUUUCAAUAUAUUAGGUACACGGGAGGCGCACCCGUGUUUUAUGGUCGUGAACCACAUUGUGAGGUGGGGUUUUUGUUGUUUUUUUUUUCCCAAAUUCUUGUAACGGAACUACAAAACAGCCGGACCACACGAUAUGGUUGUCAAGAACUUUGAAUUUCGAUUUUACAUGAAUCCCAAAUAGGUAAUAUUACCCGCAGGAUUCGGAACUUAUGUUAUAAUUUGUAUUAUUUAGAUUCUGAGUGGAGCGAAGAAACUUAUGGUUUUACAAAGAUGUUUUUUUGUUUGAUCUGUAGACAACUUUUCUAACGGAGAUCUUGCUCCGAUUUUUAAGUGUAUUACAAAAUAAAUAAAAAAAACAUGGGAAAAACGAGAAAAUCUGAUCAAUAGUUAACAAAUAUUAUUAAAGAAAAUAUAGAUCCUACCUUCCCAACUUCCUAUUUAAAACAGUGGCUACACCCGUCCUCAUUAUCUAAGGACAGCUUUUUUAGGUUUGCUAUUGAAUGUAGUGUACAGUGCUAUAGAAAUUUAUUACAUGUCACAAAUAGUUGGAAUAUGAUAUUUGAACGCGCUUUUAGAUUCUAAACACAGCGACGAUGUGCGCUUUUUUUCUGUCUGCAAACAACUUUUCUCCCAGAAAUCUUGCUUCAAUCAAAAUAUAAAAAAAAAAAAUUACGAUAGAUUCUUUCUUGAAUCCUUGAACCCUUGAACGAGCCCGAAAUUAGUUCCAUUUUAUCAAGAUUAACAUAAACGUGAACUCCUUUUUGAAAAGUAUACUACCCAAGAACUGGUUAUUAAUUACUUAUUAUUUAUAGUUCGAUUCCAAAAUAGUUGUUUGAUCGAGUUUAUAUUGUAUUCCACACGAACGGAUGUAUUGACAUUGGUGUAUUUGAAAAUAAAUACCGGGCCCUACAAGCGAACAAAAAAUUUAAACAAAUUGUUUUAAUAUAUUAUAAAUGACAAUAGACUUUACCCAAAUUUCAAGACGGUUUCAACAAAAAGUGAAGAGGUCGGACAAGUUAGAUAUCGUCAAUUUCUUCAUCCAUAUAUUGAGAGGACACCAAAUAUUAUACUGUCUCUAUCUAACAAACAUAUAGCAAAUUAAGGUUUGAUAAGACACAUUUUGCGCCGAAAGUUUUAAUACUAAAGCGAAAUGACCUAUUACAAAAACUUAAAGUUAAGAAGAUUAUCUAUACCUUAGCGUUGAUGUUUUAAUUUCAAAGUAAGAUAUGAUUAUGUGAACUAUCACAAUUUAAAAAUGAAUAUAUCUGACUUAAAAACUAAAAUAUCGAAAAUCAUCAACGCUAUCAAAGAGUAUACAAUCUUCUUGACUUUAAGUUCGGUAAUAGAAUGAUUUGCUUUAAUAUUAAAACUAACGGCCCAAAAUCUGUCUCGCUGAACGCAAAUUUUGUUAUGUCUCGCAUUUAUAAGACGGAGACAGCAGAUGUCGGUGUGGGCGUCCUCUUAAGUUUAAAAUAUUGUAUUUAAUGUUUAUACAUCAUAUCAUAAAUAUUAUGUAAUUUAUAUAGGUAACGAGAAAUAAUAAUUUCGAAUAAGAGUAUAGAGUGUUAUGAUAUUAUCUUGAGAUAAUUAUUUUCAGGCCUCGUCACUUUUUACUACUUCGCUAGAAAUUCCGCUUUUAUACUACAGCGUGCAAAGUGUUAUUGUGUAAAGUUGUUUAGCAUUUCGAAACUAACGGUGUUAUACGAAAAUCUAUUAAUAUACAGUAUUAUUGUCUUUGCCCUUGGAUGCGUGCGCGUGGUUUUUUUUUUUUCUUCUGCACGAGUAUAAUAUAAUAUAUCAUGAAUUAUCGCCUCCGUUCAAACCCAAUAACAAAUCUAAUUAUUCGAUGUCUACAUAAAAUCAUUACACCGUAUACGGGCGUGGACCGGUAAAAAAGGGCACAAGGCAUUAUAUAGCAAAUAUCAACAAUAUUAUUUGGGUAAAUUAUGAUAACUAAACAAAUUUAAAAAAAAAUAAAACACCGAAGUACCUACCAAAUUCGCACCGUGCAGGACGGGCUGCUGUUGUAAGUUGAGAAUAUAAUGGCAGAUAUGUAUGGGGUAUUUUAAUUUAUUAUUUCUAUUUGUAACGAUAAAUCGUUGCAAACGAAAAAUGACUCGAAGUUAAGUUUGUUCAAACAUAUUUCGACUAAUUUAAAUUGACAAUUACAGUUUAUUAGUUUGUAAUUGCUAAAUGAAUUACGAUUGUUUGUGUCUGUAGCGAAUUUCAACACAAAUUUGAACUUUAAAUGUCAAUGAAAAUAAAUGACAGUAUAAUAGUGAGUCCGCAAAUUGUUUUUAAAAUUUUUUAAUUUAAAAUAGAGUGCUAAUAGAGAACUAAUAUAUUAAGCGAUUCAAAAUAAUCAACGAUAUAUUGAAUUAUUGUAAACAAAUUAUUUAUUAUUAACCCAGUUAUAAGCGUCUACGUCAAAAAUUUGAAUAAAUAAUUCCGGCUAAAUUUUGAAAAAAAUAAUAGAUUUGGCUGGGAUUUUUUUUUUUUCAAGAUUUUGCCAGUUCAAUAUUUCGACCCCCUCCCCUCCCCAGUAAUAAUUGUACCUAUAUUGCCUAUAUACCUUCUAUUAUAUUAUCAAAAGAAAAUUAUAAUUUUCUUAUUAAAAAUUCAUAUUAAUUUUAAGUUCGAAUUCAUACCGAUUGGGGCGAAUAUAUUUCGAGGCACGAGAUACUGCCGCAGAUCGUUCGUCGUUCCUCGCGGUUUCUCGUUAUUAUUUAUUUUACAUAAAUAAUAUUAUUAUAAUGUGUGUCGCAUACCUUUACAGAACUAUUGUGGUCUGAUCAAUUAUAAUAUUAUUAGUUCGUGUAUCGUAAAUUAUUACAACGGUUUUUAACGAUCUACCAUUAUUUUUCAACUUGGUUUUUAUUUUCAAAUUUUUGUUUCAGAAAUGUCCGGAUUACCAAGCCUCGUCAAUACCAACUUUCGCUCGAACAGAUCCUCCCGACACGCAGGUAACCCAUCCCCCUAUCCGUUGACUUUUAGGGGAUAGUAACUCACAAUUUUCGCCAAACUGUGUCUUUUCCACCGACAGCGUCCCAGGUCGUUUUCCACUAUUGUUUAUUGUGACAACUCGCUGCAGACGCGGUACGACCCACCUCUGUAGAUUUGUAAAAUACAUUUUUUUUUCUUAUUCUAUCAUUUAUAACACUUCUAUAUGCAUUUUAUAUAAUAUUAAGUGUAUAUUCUCAAAUCAGAAAAUACUGAUAGUUUCCUAGGUGUAAACCUAAAACACAGUCGAAGACGGCCUGGUACCACACGAUUGGUGAGAUCGUGUAUCGUUGGAAAAGGGAAAGGUUCAUUUCAACGAAACCAAGUCCCGCCGAACUUUUUGAUACCUCUGUAUUUCUCGAACGACGCCGAAAUAAUAUCGGUGUAUCGUGUUUUCUUCAGAUUACCAAAUCAAUUAUAUCUCUGUUGAGGUAUUACAGUUGGAAAAAGUUUAGCAUAAUCACGGAAGCGCCGAUGAAGUCCGUCGCGGAUUCGUUGCAACUUCAAGCGAAGCUGGCCAACAUGACCGUCAACCAUUUCCUGUCGAUUAACGAUGAGCACGUAUGCUGCGAAAAGAAUGAACCGUGUUGUAGCGCUCUACACUGGCACUCGUUAGUCCAAAAUACCAUGACCAAUACCAGAAGUACGGCUGUUUUAUAAAUUGUUUCGAUACUUUAUAGUAGUUAUAGGUUCUAAUACUGCAGGGUUACGUUAAACUUUAAGAACCAAUAAAUAGCUAUCGGUUCUAUAAAUAAUAUAAUAUUAUCAAAUAUAAAUUUAACGAAUCGAUAUGUUGGUUGAACUGAUUCUGAGUUUUGUAAAACGUGUUUAACCACAAAAGAUUCUAUGUUCAAUAUCUUUAUCAUUUAAUUAUAAUAUUAUCACAUAAAAACGUAAUUUAAUUUUCUUGUCACUGAAACGUUAUUCUGUGCUGUGUAGUAACGAAUUAAUAGUAGGAAACCAUUAUUUUAUGUUAGAAUUUGUUCGGUUUAUACAGUUCCCAGUUUUUAGUUUUUGUUUACGAUGGAUACUUAAUUUAUUAUGUGGAUAAAAUCAUUUGACAAAACAGAAGUGCAUGAAUAUUUAACACGAUGUUUAUUAAAAAGAUAAAUGUACUUAGUAUUCAAAAAAAAAUUUGUUAUUUAUUCAAUUUUUUUUUUUUUUGUUUUGAUUACUAUUUUAAGUUCUACCCGAACUUCGCUGUUCAGAAUCGUUUUUCGUUAGCAUUAGUUAAUCGUUGCGUUCAAACUACUUUAUACAUCCUACCUAUCCAACUUUUUCUUAAUAAAUUGCCAUAAGUUACUAUUCAUCUAAACGUAUAGGACAUUCAUAUUCAAACACUGAAUUACGGUCAUGAAACAAUCUGUUUAAUAACUAUAAUUUUUUCAGUACCAACCGGUUAUAUAAAAUCAAAAUUUUACAGCUAGUGUUGGACAUUUAAUUAAGUAUAUUUCUGAGUAAAUGCCGGGUUUUUCAUAUUUACCCGGUAAAUUUGUUUUUAAUAAAACAUUCACACAUAACAAAUUGUAUACAAAAAAUAAUAUAUUAAGCCAUAUUAUAUUAAAUAGAUACUCGAUAAUAAAUACAACGAUCAAUUUUCACUUUUUAAUUAAAUAAUAAAAAGUCUAAUUUAGUCUUUUAAAACUAAAACAUAACAAUCCAGCAUUUACUUUUAUAAUUUCUAAAUGUUACAACUUAACGAAUUAAUGAAAACGCGUAACAAUUAACACAGAUAUCUAUUUAACAAAUGACCAACAAGUAGAGAAAAUAUAUAUUUUCCUAGGUUUUGUAUUAACGGACACUUUGUACUGUCUAUUAUUUGAGUUGCAUACCGUGGACACUAUGUACGGUGGAAAUAAUCUGGAAAAUAACGGAAAAGACGUGAAUUUUAAACACCAAAUGACUAAUACUUCACAAAAUAAUUUUAGUGAAGGAUGGACAGUUCAUUCAAUAAAUUGAUUUGAUCGAUUAAUCCAAAUUUCUGGAGUAUUUUGAGAUCAUUGCAAUUAAAUAAAUGUGCUAGUCAUUAAAAAAAAUGUGUAGGAAAAAAAAUCGAAAUGCACAAAAAAAAUUCACGAAGCCCCUGUGCAAAGCACAAAUUUAUUAUCAUCACUAUUAUUAUUAUUAUUUUUAUUAUUACUUAUGUCCGUUAACUACCUGUGUUUUGUAAUAACAAAUUAUGUAAAAUAUAUACAUUUUUUUAAAUAGUACAAACUGUUCGCUGUUUUCAUUUUUUCUAGUUGACCGUACAAAAUGUCCUGCAACCAAAUUUUGAGAUGGUAAAUAUUAACCCAAGGCUAUUUUGAUGCAAUAAACUGGUGUUUUAUUUUUUUUUUUAAUUCUUAUAUUUUGUUUGGUAAAAAAAUACUCCGUAUGUUUCACGCCAUCCCGGUAAAAAUACGGAAUAAUUAAUCCUGCCCGAUGGUUUAUAUUCACAAAUUUUAUUUAUUUUUUUUUAUUGGAAAUUUUAACAUUUUUUUAACUUAAUAAAAUUGACUUUUUUCAGUUUAUCUUUUUUUUGGCUCGUCCAAAUCGCUGGUGGAGUUGAUGACUACUAUGCAAGUUUUACAAUUGUUCGAAAACGGUGAUUACAUGGUCAUUUACGCGGACACCAAAGUCAACACGGAGAAAGAAGAAGCCGGCCAAUAUUUAUGGAGUAAGUAAUAUAUUAUUCACGAUACAUAAUAAAUAAUAUAAUAUAUUCAGUGAACAAAUAAAUCAUAAUCACAGUUGAUAUUGUGUUUAAAACGACAGAUAACUAAUCAAACUGUGUUUUGAACAGAAAAAACUCCACUUAAUAUAUAGUUAAAUUUCACAGAUUCAUUUUUAUAAAUUAAAUAAAUGGCUUUAAUUUAAAUAUUUACUUUUUUGUUUUUUUUCAAUACGUGCUUUAAUAUUAUUUCCAUAGUGAAAAAAUUAAAACUAUUAUUUCUUGUCGAGAUGAGUACCUACGAUAUGAGCGCUAUAUGCUAUUAUGAAUUUAAAAAAUAUGUGAAAGGUAAUAAAACUAAUAAUCAAUCGUUAAAAACUAGAAAUUCGUUGAAAAUAAACUGUAUUAAAUAACCAAAACAAAUUGGUUUUAAAACUAAAAGAUUAUGGAAACCAAACUGAUUUAAACAUUUAAAGCUACUGGUUUUUUUAUUAUUUAUUUUAGAGCGCAAUGAGUAAUGAAACCACUUCAUUAAGUAGUUUCACUAUGAAGUGUGCUUUUUAUUACUAUUAUUUGUUUAUGUGUGUGUGUGUUUGUGUGUGUACAACUUUCCUACCAAAAAUUUUGCUCUAAUCGUAAAAUUACUACAAACCUUUUUUUUAUAUACAUUCUAGAUCUAAUUGAUGCAUUGAGUGAGUCAUUUUUUUUUUCGGCUUUCAUAAUAAUUGGGGGAAAAAACGAAAAUCAAAACCUGUCAAAUGUAUGGCCCUAACGAUUUCAUUACUUAAAAUAUUUCGAUUUUUGUUUUCUUCCAGAAAUCUUGCUUCAAAUUUCAAGAGUAGCCUCUUUUUUAAAAGAAAUUUUUGUCUAUAGUUGGUGAGUAAGAUUAGUUAAUUUCUAUUGUAUAAGUGGGCAAAACCGGGAAGACCCGUAAGAAAAAUGAGAAAAUUUACAGCAUUAUUACGAUUUUAAUAUUUACGAUUUCAACUCGGUUCAUAAUGUCUUACAUACCUGUAAUUUUCACAGAAUACCUUUUAUUAGACGUUUCUAGACGUGGUUACAUUUUUAGUUUUUUCUUUGAUAGGGUACAGAUUAAAUAUACUGAUAAAAUCAUUUGACCAAACGGAAAUGCAUCAAAACAAAAUGUACAUAAAGUUCAUUAGAAGUUGUACUGCUAAGUGGUUAAAAGUUUAAAAUUCAAAUUUUAAUAGAAAAGUCACGUAAUUUCGCGUAUUUUUUUUUUUUUAUUACUUGUAUCAGUAAAAUUUUUCGGCCUAGCCAAAAUAUUUCAAAAUUUAACAAUACGCUUAUUAUAAUAAGUCGUACUUGAUAUUAAAAAAAAAUAUUUGAGCGUAAUGUAAGCAGUAAUUUUAUGUCUGUAAACAUAAGUUUAAAACCUAACCUUGCAUCUUAAAUUCCUGUUGUUUCCAUCCAUCCUACCUAUAGUUACUAUAGCACAUAGUUAUAUGGUUUUUGAUUCGGUUGACAAAGAAAUAAUAAUAUAUAAUAUAUUAUUCGUAGCAUUAUAUUUUAUUAUCACUAUUAGUUUAAGUAUGAGUAAUAAAUAAAAAUGCAUUCUAGUGACAUUACAAAAAAAAUUUGCCAAAUUGUAAGUAAAUUAAAAAAUUUUAUAAAAUGUUUCAUCGACUAUUAAAAUUGAUUAAUUGAUUUAGGUUUCUACGCAUAAUCAUAAUAUAGUAGGUUACCAAAUUAUAAAGUUAAUUCUUUAAAAUACGUUUAGAAACCCGGGAACCGUUGGCUUUCCUAACCGUUUUUUUUUUUUUUUUUAAUAACAGGACAUAGCGGUUUGACGGGCAAAAUGAACGAUUGUAUGCUAGAAAAAAAUUUCUUGAAACGCGCCCGUUCACUGCUAGUGGUCGUCGCCACGCCGCCGUCCCAGAGCCAAUACGAAACUUUCACGAAACAAGUGGCGGAAUACACCACCAAAGAUCCGUUUAAAUACCGGACUCCAAGCAUAUUCAAAACGAAAACUUUUAACAAGGUGAGUGAUAAACUUUUAUAUUGUAUUAUUAAACCGUUCUUAUAUUAUCUAUAUUAACUUUCAAUCGAAAAAAGAUUCUUUCGAAACUUGUGGUUCGGUCGACAUGCAAUUUUGUAUGCACUCGUAUUUUCGACGCAACACAAGAAUCAAUUUUCCGUCUUCAUCCGCAUUUAUUCCUUUUCGUCUUUGAAUACAAUGGCUUUUGAGAAACUGUGGCAAAAUAUCGAUUAACGCUUUAUCCUACGACUUAUGUUCGUAUAAUAAUGUAUCCUCCGUCAUAAUUAAUCCGUGGUCAGAUUUUUCGUUUAUCCAAAGACUUAUCAUCCGAUUAUGACUUUGUAUAGAAAUUAUAAAAUUAAUUUAUAUUCGUUUGAUUAAUUUGCAGUUUGUUACCAUUUAUGCCGCAUAUUUGUACGACGCGGUUAUGCUCUACGCGCGGACGUUGGAUUUUUUGAUCAAAACCAAGGCGAAAGGUCAAGUAGUGACCGGCAAAAUGAUCGACGAAGUGGCCUACAACGGAACCCUCGUCAUUCAAACGCUCAUCAAGAACAUUACCUACCAAAGUACGUAAAAUAACUUUUCACAAUAUAUGUAACCGUAACACGAUAACAAAUAAAAAUUUAAGGAGUUAAAGUAUCGACUACCAGUGGUGUCAUUUGGACCACGCGAGAUAUAUACAUUUGCGUAUUUAAAAUCCAAUGUCAAAGUAAUUGGGCCCAGUGUUAUAAACUGUUAGGUCUGAAUAGUGGAUAGUAGCUUGUGCAUUACCGGUGUCUACUCGUACAUUUAUUUAUGUUAAUCAACAUUUUGUUUUUCUUUUAAAUUUAUUCUGAAACCAUGAUUAGGACAUUACGAUAUUGUUCCACAUCAUCGAGUUUUUUUCCAAUCGUGAUGAUUCGCGAAUGAAACUUUCUUAGUUAGGUUUUAUUAUAUGGUUUAACAGAUGCGUUGAAAAUUCAGUACAGGAUUUGUGGCCUGCAUAAUUGCAUACGUGUUUAAAAAAAAAUGAAAUGACGCCAUUGUAUAGUAGGUACGCAAACAAAUUAAAUAAAUGCGAAGAAAAAGUUUAGUCUGGAGUAUUAAUGCAUUUUACUGAAUGAUAGAAUUAAACACGAGGGAUAUAUACUAUAGAAACAUUUAUUUCUUUUUCUAGUUUAUUGAAACAGACCAUUAAUAUUGUUUGCCACUUCUAUUAUGCUUCUUCACUGAUCUCCUUUCGUUCUUACGAAGUCAGUGUUCGAGGCCUAUUUAAAAUUGACAGGAAAGUGUUUUACAGUGAUGGUGUGUUAACCGUUCGACAAACCUUUAUUAAUAAAGGACCCAACUAUUUAGUGACAGUGCUUCGGUGACGAGAUCUAAAUGUUUACCUACUUAUCUGGACAGGUUCUAAACCCUUUAGACUACACCAUCACCCGUUCGGCGAAUCCGAGUUGGGUCCCGAGUUUAUGCGGGUAGUUUACUAGUCGUUAAGUACCGCAAUAUUAUUAUUAAUUAAUGUAAAUUGUAUAAUUGUUUAGAUAACAACGAAACAAAAUCGUAUUUAAAAUAUAUAUAUGAAUUAUAAAAUCACGGGAAAUAUCACUAGAAAAGUCGAUCCUGAGUCUUAAGUCUUUAAAAAUAAAAAAUAAAAUAUUUUGUAUUGAUUUUAAAAGUUCGAGUCCAACUUGUCUAUUACCUAUCGAAAUCCAGGACCCAACCAGUAUUGUACCCAAAAUUCAUUGGAACCAAACUAGUGUACUAGGUAUCUAUAAAAACCAUUAGCGUCCGAAACCAAACUAGAAUACAGCCCGCCCAACGGGUACCUCGUGUGUGAAAAAUUAUUCUACCAAUACUCUCGACAUUUUAUUGAUAAUAAUACAUAUUUUCUACGUAUUUCGCGUUUUGUAGGUUUUUCGUUUUCAUAUCCAGUCGAGUUUUAUUAUUUUGACUUUUUUGUUCAUUAUAACGAUUACAAACAUUUUAAAAUGGCCGUAAAUAAAACACAACCUCUGGGCCAAAUAAUAAUAUUAUGCGUAGAUAUACACUCCACUCCAGGCUACUUUUUUCUUCAUAUGUUAUUUAUUGUUUAAAAUAUUAUAAUAAUAACCGAAUUUAUAAUUUACGAGUAGGCAUGACCGGGGCUACGGUCAAGUUGGAUGCAAACGGAGAUUCUGAAGGAAACUUUUCAGUGUUGGCUCUGAAACAAGCGCCCUACCGCUUCCAAUUUGAAGAAGGACAAUUCACGUGCCCGUAUUCCAUGGUUCCCGUGGCUCAAUUCUAUGGCGAAUUACUGGUAAGUGUACUAAUCAUUGUGGUAGGUAUUUUGCUAAUAAAUAUAAUAUGUGCCUACACAUAUAAUAAUAAUCUAUCGUCACUCGCAAGUAUAGGAGUACAAAUUAAACUCUCCCAAUUCGAAAAUCGAUUGGCCUGGCAAGAAUCGACCGGACGACGAACCCAGCUGCGGUUUUAAUAAUGAGCUAUGCCAGAAAACCGACGUUGAGAAAAGUUCUAUUAUAGUGGCCACUGUCUUAGGACUGAUACUGUUUUGCUCGUUUGUUAUCACUCUGUCGAUAUACAGAAAAUGGAAGAUAGAGUUGGAAAUCGAAGGACUGCUGUGGAAAAUUGAUCCAUCAGAUCUUCUCGGAUACUACAACAAAGACAUUGUUUCGUCACCAAGCAAAGUAACGGCACACUCUAUUAAAAUGAUUAUAAUUUUAUGCUUAUGUUAAUUCACUCUGUAUUAUAUUAUUAAUAUUUUUGUUUCUAAUUAGUUGAGUUUGCUUUCGGCUACAUCGUAUGAAUCCCGUGCAGGGCUUCAAGUAUUUGCGACCACUGGCCAUUACCGUAACAUAAUGGUCAGGAUUAAAGAACUGAAAUUUUCCAAACGCAAAGACAUAUCCCGGGAACAAAUGAAAGAAAUGAGAUUGUUGAGAGAUCUGAGGCACAGCAACGUCAAUUCUUUUAUUGGCGCAACAAUCGAACCGUUACGAAUACUCAUAAUUACAGAUUAUUGUGCCAAAGGAAGCCUCUAUGUAAAUAUAUUAUAUAUUAUAUACAUAUAUUUAUAUUGAUUUAUAUUAAUUUUGUAUAUUAUAUAGGACAUUGUGGAAAACGAGGACAUUAAAUUAGACAAAAUGUUUAUUACGUCUUUAGUGCAUGAUCUUAUCAGAGUAAGUUGUUACUGGUUAUAUAUUAGUCUAAUAACUCAUUUGUUAUUAAUGCUAAUAACAUUAUAAUUUAUUUGAACGUGUCAAUCGUUAGUGUACCCCAUUGUUGUGCAGGGUAUGAUAUUUAUACACAACUCGCCUUUAGGUUGUCAUGGGAACUUAAAAUCAUCUAAUUGUGUUGUGACUAGUCGGUGGGUAUUGCAAGUUACUGAUUUUGGCCUGCACGAUUUGAGACAGUGUGCGGAGAAUGAUUCUAUCGGCGAACAUCAGUAUUUUAGAAGUAAGCUUGUUUUUAAUAGUACUACAAAUCCUGAUUUUUAAGACCAAAUCGAACAUUCAAUAUUUUAUUGAGCCCUAAUCAAACUAAUCAAAUUAAAAUGUUUCAAUAUUCAAAACAACAUUAACAUCGUAAACAGGAUUCUGUGAUUCGAUGGCAGAGGUUUAGUUUUCGUGUUCAUUUUUAUUUAAAAAUAUAUUUCAAUGCGUAUAUCAACAGUUAUAGUAGUUAUUUAUUAUUUUUAUUAUGUUAUAUUUUCAUAAUAAUACUAACAUAUUUAUCAAUAAUAGUAUUUAUUAUUUUGCCAUCAUAACGCAGAAUUAUUGAUUAAAGAUUACCUAUAAAAUAAUCAAUAAUAAAAUGUAAUAUUAUAAUUUGUAACUUCAUUAAUAGGUACAAUGUGCAUUGUGCAUACAAAUAUCGAAUCUCUAACCAAACUCCUUAUUUCGGUUUUAUUAUUUGAAAUUUUCAAUUUAAAAAUUUAAUAGAUUGUAACAUCAUUACAUGUUAUUCAUAAUAUUACUGUUAUAAGCAGUUAUUUACAAAAAUAGAAAUAAGGAAAUUUAUUCAUAUAAAUUAUUUUCAAUUUGAUUAGAUUUAUUAUGGAAAGCACCGGAAUUGCUGAGGAAACCGAAUGCUUCCAUCAAGGGUACACAAAAAGGGGAUGUGUAUGCAUUUGCUAUUAUCAUGCAUGAGAUAAUGUGUCGGCGAGGUCCCUUUGGCGCAUGUGGUGUCGAAGAACCUAAAGGUUAGAUACACGAAAGGUAACAAUUUUUGGUAAAAACCUAUGGGCCCCAGGUAAAAUGUUUAAAUUUUGCUUGUAAUUACCAGAAAUCAUAAGACUGGUUAAGCUAGGUUACGAUGAAGUAAACGGUGUACCCCUGAGGCCGAGUAUUCACCAUUUAAGGGACUGCGAAAUGGCCGAAGAUUAUGUCCUCCAAUGCAUAGAGGAUUGCUGGGACGAAUUCCCAGAAAACCGGCCAGACUUCUCUAUGAUACGUGUUAGACUCAAAAAAAUGAAAGAUGGAAAGUAUGUGUUGAAUGCUACUGCCAGUGCCUUGGUAUUUGAAUAUAUACAUUUUCGUAUUUUUCAAUGGUAUUUUUUACAGGCAAAAAAAUAUAAUGGAUCAAAUGAUGGACAUUAUGGAAAAAUACGCAAACAACCUUGAAGAAUUGGUCACUCAACGUACUAACGAAGUUUACGAAGAAAAACGAAAAACUGAAGAUUUAUUGCAUCGAAUGUUACCGGCGUACGUUUUAUCAUUGAUACGAAAAAUAAAUAUAUCCAAUGUUUUGUUGUCGUUUAAAUUUUGUAAAGUCAAAUGGUUUAAAUUUAUUAUUAUAGACCAGUGGCAAAACGUUUGACUCUUGGAUAUGGUAUAGAACCGGAAUCGUAUUAUUCAGUUACCAUUUACUUUAGCGAUAUUGUCGGUUUUACUGCAAUGUCAGCUGUCAGUACCCCUCUACAGGUCAGAAUUUUUUAUAGAAAAAGUUAAAAUCUAUAAGAAAAAUAUUUAUAUUAAAUAUUGUAUUUGAGCAUAAUAAAAUAAUAAAUUACUAUAAAUACAAAAUAUACCUAUUUCGUGUCUCUAUAUUUUAGGUGGUAAAUUUUUUAAAUGAUCUUUACACAUUAUUCGACAAGAUUAUUAAAGGCUACGAUGUUUACAAAGUUGAAACUAUUGGAGACGCGUAUAUGGUGGUGUGUAUUAAUCAUAUUUAGAAAAUAUUAAUAAUUACAAUUUAGUAUAUUAAACCACAAUCUACUAAUGAAAUAAUAAUAUUGUAUACUAAUGUAAUUGUAUUAAUCAAUGAAGAACUUGCAUGAUAUUUCUUUGGUCCCAGAAAAGAAAAGCUUAAAAUUUACUAUUUAGCUUUUACCUAUUGAAAACUAUAGAAGAACGACUUUAAGCCCUUCUCUCCUGUAACUAUAGAUUUGUUUGAUUGAAUGUUUUCUUAAAUAUGGAUUAAUAAGGUUUUGAUAAUAUUACCAUCCGGAUUAUUAUAUUUUUAAUAUAAGUGAUAAUUUUGUUAAUUUUAAUGAAUAUUGAAACCCAAACCAUUUGAUUUUCGUAUAUAAAUAGGUGUCAGGGUUACCUAUUAAAAAUGGCAAUAGACAUUCCGGCGAAAUAGCGUCAAUGUCGUUAAAUCUACUCGAAGCGGUAAAACACCAUAAAAUAGCCCAUCAACCAACGGCUACAUUGAAAUUACGAAUAGGAAUCCACACAGGUAUUAUUUGUGAUUUUAAUUUUUUGUAACUAUUUGCCAAUAGUUAUUAUAUGACUUACCUAUCUAAUAAUAUUUUUAUAAAUAGGUCCUGUUGUGGCCGGGGUCGUUGGUCUCACAAUGCCCAGAUAUUGUCUGUUUGGCGACACAGUGAACACGGCCUCACGGAUGGAAUCCAACGGAGAACCGUUGAAGAUCCACAUAAGUGAACAGUGUAAAAACGCUCUUGACGAGUUGGGCGGUUACAUAAUUAAAGAACGCGGAUACGUUAACAUGAAAGGCAAAGGAGAAGUGCUCACUUACUGGCUCGAAGGAACAAACGAAAAUGCUAUCAAAAGAAGAGACGUACGUAUAAAAUAUGCAUGCCGGGUGAUCCAUUUAAGUGAAUACACUCAUUAUCUUGGAAAUUAUUGACUUUUUCCGGAAUGUUUUUUAGAACAUUUAAGAAAUUAGAAUGAAUUUCCCCCGAAAAUAUAGUCUGUUGUUCUGUAUUGUGUCUGUUUUACAUCAUUUUUUUUCCGCGCUACUUUUGGACACUUUUAGUUUUUAUUCGGUCUAAAUGAAAUCAAAUGAAUCCAAAUUCGGUAGGAUUUAUUUAUUUAAUACGGACAUGACCCAAAGUACAGUAGAACUUAAUAAAUUAACAUGCAGACAAUUCAGCGAAAGUGAAAAACCGAACCAGGUAUUUAGGUAUUAGUGGUAUUUAUUAACCAGUUAUUAGUGUAAGAACGAAGGGUGGACGUUAGCAAGACGCAUCAUGCGGUGUAUAGGAUUAUUUCAACUAUAAUUAAUGGUGUGCAAAGGGAUUGCAAAAGUAGUGAUAGAACAGAUCAGACGUGAGGGACUCGAAAGUUGGUGAGGUAAAGGAGCGAUUUAUAGGUGGAUUGGAAUGAUAAAAUUUUGAUUGGAUUUGAAUAUGAAUUACACUGUUAUUGUGGGAUUAGGGUAUUUUUUAACUUUACAUAUCUCCCAAAUAAGACCAGGAGGAUAAAAUAUUGUAUAUGCAUAGUGUAUGUAUUGAGGAUGUGUGUUUUGGGGGUUUCAAUUUUCAACCACCUCCUCAACCAUUUAUAUGCUCAAAUUUCACGUUUUCAUAGAAAAUACCCCUACAUAAUAUCCUAUCAAGGUAUGAAACGGGAUUCAAAUUUAUAUACAUUUUUAUAUAUUUAUUGUAAAUAGCAAUGUUGUCGAGGAUAUGCCUUGGAAGUGUUAAACAUUUAACCCCACGUUCACGUAAUUUGAUAAUUAUGUUAAAUGGACUCUGUGUUCACAUGUUUCUGUGUUAUUCACGUAAAUAUGUAGUGAAAUACCUGAAAUAGAUACCUAAAUAUGUAAAUACAUAAAUAUAGGUGAACACGUGAAUGAUUGCAUAUUUUCACAGAUUUUUUAAAUACACGGUUUAAUAGAUUCGAAUAUUAAUUUCAUGUAGGUAAAUACGUAAAAGCGUCUGAACCGUGUGAAAUAAGGAGCUAUAUUAAAAACUAAACAAAAUUUUAAUAUAAAUUUAAUAAAACUCUGGUGAACAUAAUUAUUUUGGAUCAAUUAUGGCAGAAAAUAAUUAUGAUAAUUUUAACGACAGACUGAGUUGGCUGGGGGAAAUUUCACUCUAGUAAUGGAACUCUGCUGCUCUAGUGGGUUUUUUUUUCUAUAUAAUAUUUAUUUUGCUUCUUUUUCUUUUAGGUGGACUUGGCCGAAUUGCCUCCUCUGUUUUGCGGAUCAAAACGACUUAGCCCGAAAUUGUAUUCCAAUUUUGGCGAAUAUACCAGCAGACGUCCGUCAUUUGUGCCACGAGGACAUUUUAUCGACCGUAACGUCAGAGACAGUCAAUCCGUACUCUAUGAACAGCGACCGUCUCCCAUACCGCCCAUGGUACUAGAGCCAUUCCGCAAACGGCUGAUCCAAUCAACGUCAAUGGAUCCAUUUCCAAACAAACACAUUAGCCGGGUGAGCUCGUUGAUCAAAAGAAGUUGCCGUUCGUUAGAGGUUCGAAAACUGAAACAAUUUAUUUCUAUCACAUGAUAAUAAUUUGUCCUGUUACUUUUUAUUAACCGUAAAUUUAAUAUUUUACAUAGGAUUCAAAAUUACUCGGCGAUCAACGACAAAAAGAUGAAAAUUGCUGCGAAGACAGCGGUACAGAAACUGUGGUCAACGGUAGUUUACAGUACACCCCUCUUUUAACGGACGGAGACAACAAAAGAUGGCAUUCGUUCGAAGACAUUUCAAUGGAACCGAAUAGAAAAAAAUUGGUAUCGAGAAAUUCAAUUAGAAAUUGGUUGUUUGGACUAUUCAACGGUACCACAACAUCCUGUCGAACCAGCGAAGUGUCUUUGCGCAAAGUGUAUUCUGAUAUGCAACAGAUUGUCGACAAAGAGAGUGUAGUUUAAAUCGUGUUAGGAAAAUAUAUAGUUUAGGUAAUAAAAUUAAAUGAAAAAAACCAUACUAUCGGUGAAUUAUAUUAUUGUAACAAAACUGGAAUUGAAGUGCUGUACAAAAUCUUCACAACUCUAUGACAAUUUUAUUACUAUUUUUUUUUUUUUUUUUCUAGCCAUUAUACUGCUUAAAAAAACAAAAAACAAUGCAUAAUUAUAAUACAAAUUAUUAUUAGCUUCGAACUUCAAUAAUAACGUAUAUAUUUAUUUAUUUAUAUAUAUAUAUAUACACAAAUAAUAAUGAUUUUUUUAAGACAAAUUCUUUACCUACCUUGUACUUUGUGUCGUUAAAUCAAAAUAUAUGAGUAAAUUAAAAUUGUUUAAAAUUUAUACAUUUUUAAUAAAAUUAAGCAACGAAAAAACACAUCACGAAGUCAUUUGAUAGUAGGUACCAUUAUUUAUAAUCAAUUAUUAUUAUUAUUAUUAUUAUUAUUAUUUUGAAAAUAUUUUAUGUUAUUGUGACCUAAUUAUUGUGCCAUUCAAUAAAUUAUUAGGUGUACAAAAAAAAAAAAAAAAAAAAAAAAAAAAAUGUGCCUCUUAAAUAUAUUUUGUUGUAGUUAUUUAUUUAUUUUUUAUUAUUAUUAAUUUGAAUAAUUAAUAUUUUAUAGUUUAAUUAUUAUUAUUUUUUAAUGGUCAAAGUUACUACAUUAUUACAAUAUAGAUAUGUUAUUAUAACAUAUUUUAUAUAAAUAUAUAUAUAUACAUAUAUAUAUGUAUAUUAUAUUCAUUAUAAUAUAAUACAUUAUACAAUUUUUUUUUUAAGUUAUAUUUCUUUGUUUAAAGUUUUAGAUAUUAUUAUGAAUUAAACUAAAUAGAGUAAUAAUAUUAAUUUGGAUUUAUUUAGUUAUUAUUGUUUUAAGCCAUUGGAAAUGAAUCAGAUGUGCCACCGACUACAUCAGUUCCAACUGUAUUUUCCCUAUGUAAUGAGUUUACAUUAUUGUGUUAGUUCAUUUUCUAACAUUAAUAUCGGUUUCGAGAUUCAAUAACUCGCUAGUUGAUUACCGUUUAAAUAAUCCAAAAGUUUCUACUCCUGUAAAAUGCUUAAUGAUAUUAUAAUAUAAAAAUUAAGUAUGUCUAUUUCAAACCAUGUAUUAAACUUAUUACUCUGAGAAGUUCUAUAAGACAUAUAAUUGUAACAUAAAAUUACCUUGAAGUGUGUACUAGAUAGAGAAGGGUUUGUACAAUACAAAACUGAACACUAGUAGUAUAAUACAAUAUACAAAAAAUAUAAUAUUCAAUUUGUUAAUAACAAAAAUAUUUAUUUACAUAAUAAAAUAAUAUGUUUGCAAAAUAGAAAAUUUUAAUUUUAUUAAUGUGACCACCUGAAACAAAAACAAAAUAAAUUUAAUGUCUGGUUUUAUUGAAAAAUAUAUAUGAACUAUUCAAAUACUCACAGCCUGAGUACUUUAUCCUUGCCACCAGACGCAACUUGAUGACCGUCCGGGGACCAAUCUACAGCAAAAACUUCAUCGGCAUGACCAGGUAAAUCACCUUUCAAUUUUUUGGCUUUCAUGUCCCAAACUU